AUGUCAGUAAUGGAUGAUACCGCUUCGGACCUGCCUGUGAAGGACACUGAUUGCAAACCAGCAGUUAUCAGAGCAAUACAAGGUAACAGUAUUUUUUAUCUGAGAAGUGCCUUAAUGCUUCAUUGUUUCCUAUUCUAUAUACUUUCUCAAAAAUUUAGGAAUUAAGGAAAAUUGACGAGUGAAUUGCAAAUAUAUUUAGGAUGACGCUUAGUAUGAUAGUGUUUCAAAUUUAGCUAUUUUCCCUAAAAUUUGCUAUUCCCUUUUCAAUUUCCCACAAUUCCAAAUUUAGCAAAUAGGGUUUGUUUUUGUAUAAAAUAAGAUUUACAAGAAACAUUAUGUAUUUCCUUGCACUUUCUGAGACAUUCAUUACAAAAGUAAGUGUUCCAGAAUAUAUGGUGAAUUGAAAAAUAGUUUGACUCAUGCAGUGUGUUUCCCCCAUAAUUUCUUGAAGUCCUUAAAGGGUUACUCCAAACACCAUGAACACAAUUAAUCAACCCUGGUGUGCAGUGUAUUUAGCUUCACCCAGUAUCCUAUGAUUAAGUGUCGGGUUCACCACACAAAGCGAGUAUGGUGGUAGAGGCUAUAUGAUGUUGAGUGCUGUUUGGCUUUUGGUAAAUUUUGGUCUCCUUUUCCCACAUUUAGCAACUUAGUUAAGGGCAACUUAGGAGGGUAUAUUAGCUCACUCUGGCACGUCACUUUACCUUUUUAAUACAUUGUAUUUAUAAAUAUUACUUUAUAUAUUUUCUAUGUCUGCUUCUCCUCUUUGUAGGGAGAUUGGUCAACAAAAAAAAUGGUUCUGCAGCUUUUUUACUUCUUUACUUCUCUCCUGCUCAAUCUUACUGGCCUUAAUAUAUCUUCUUAUUGCCUUCAACACUUCUCAACCCCACUCCUUCUUCAGCCCUCCACUUCUCUUUCUUAUCCCCAAUUUCCAUCCCUCCACUGCUCUUUAUCACCCACCCACUGUUCAUCUCAUCCUCCAAGUGCUCCUUCUUUGCCUCCCUGCUUCUUAAUACCACCACCCCACAGUCUUCAUUGCCAAUAUUCCACUGCUUCUUCGUAUCCCCCACUGCUUCAUUUCGUAACACUAUUGCUCUAGCUCCCCACAGGCCAGCCAUUCCUGGAAGGCCUGGCAGUCAGGAAGUUGUAAUUAUUAGCCCCAGAUCUCCCUAGCACUGUUAAGCAGCACGUUUAAUGUGCACAUAGUCUGUGGCAGUGCUGGGGAGAUCCAGGGCUAAUAAUUGCAGUGCUUUAGGUAAGAGAUCUGGAGCUUUCCUGCCCAAGACUUGGACUCUAGCUCCAACAGACCCCCAUCCCUAUUAAUGCCUCUGAGGUCAAUGUUUAACCCAUAGCUGUUGUCCAUGACAACAAAAAAUCUCAAUAAGCAAUGUAAAUUAGGAAAACACAGCACUGCAAAGCAAUAUAACUCACAAUAUUGUGUGACAUGGAUGAGUAUCAAGAAGCUCCAAAGCAAUAAUCUUUGUGUUUGGAUGAGUGGCUCUGUCUUAAUGUUGUAUAUUCGGCGCUGUGUGUGUGCCAAGUACGUUGUGUUGAGACAAACCGUGAUAAAAAAGGAUGCAGUGUGAAGUGUAAAAUAUGAUGCCUGUCUGUGCUCAUUGCAUUUCCUAAUUCCAGUUAUUUCAUUACUUUCUAAUGAACUUGGAAAACAAGAGAGUGGGGUUGAAGGCCAAUUAUUUAAAAGAAAUUUGAGAAAAGAAAAUCUGCAAGAAACACAGACUGUUUUGGUACAGUGUCCCUUUAAAACACCAUGAGUAAUGAUUAUUUAUGAGCAGGGCCGCCAUCAGGGGGUGACAACUGCUUACAUGCUGUUGAGGUCCAUCGGGUGGUCCAAGCAUUUAAGGCCCUCCAGUGGGCCCCAUAUCUUAACGGGCCCGGUCAGCGCUGAGGCCAUGUAAUAGCACGACUGGCCUCCUUUUAAACAUUUCAGCUCACUCUGCGCGGGAGGGAGGAGAGACCAGCCGUGAAGAGGGAGAGCUACACCAACUCCCAUCAUGUGUAUACACUACACACAAAUUCACACCUGCAUUCAAACACCAACAUUCACACACAUACUCCAUACAAAACAUGCUUACUGUUAUGCUACAAGGGUUUUUGGAAUUGGAACUCAACUGCAGGUUGUAGAACUCCUUAAUUACAAUAGAAAUGAAACGGAAAAUCUUCUAAAUUAUCAAUACAGUAGCUUUAAGCAAAGAGGUGAUUGAAGGCAAUUAGAGAAUUAAAAGAAGUUUUAAUGAUUGCAAUAAAUUUUAGUAACUGUGAAUAAUAGCAUAUAGGUAAUAAUUCAAUAAGAAGAAACUGUAGAUUAUGGCAAGCAAAACACAGUUCAUUAAUAAGUAAAUCCUCAGAGAUGAUUUGAAUAGUAUACUUAAGCUUGAUGGGAGUUAUCUUCCAUAGGAAUAGCAUGCAGUCAGCAGAGAAGAUUUUAGCAAGCAAGGAACAAUUCAGUUAUAACUGAGUCUUCAGAGAAUAGAAUGAAAAUUAUACUUAAGAUUUAUGUGAGUAGUCCUCCAACAGAUCGGAAUUAGAGUCCAAGUAUAAAUUGGUAAACAGUCCGUUUUCCAGGAUCCAAUAGAGGAUGUAAAGUACAAUCCUUUUAGUAGUUCAAAGGCUAAGGAAGGCUUGCGAGUGAAGCUUGUGUAGCCGGCGUCUAAACACGGAAGUAGGUCCCAAAAUUUCCAAGCAGUUUGUAUCUGGCACGGUCUCUCUAAAUAGCGUAAGAGAGCCGCGUCAGAAGGGGGCGGGGCCGGCUCCGCAUACCGGAAAUGCCGAACCCGGAACAGAUACCGCAUUACACUUACAUUCAAACACAAAUUGUGUGUGUGUGUAUAUAUAUGGGGCUCUGACUCCCAAGUUGGGGGAGUGGCUUCAACAGAUUCCAGGUGGGACAUCUGAGAUCGCUGUCCAGAAAAGUGCAGUUCUAGGAACAGCUAAGAUACUCAAUUUUUAUAUAUAUAUAUAUAUAUAUAUAUAUAUAUAUAUAUAUAUAUAUAUAUAUAAGCAAAGAAAAUUACUGGCACUCAAGGAUUUUCCAAAGUUCACUUCUCCAUUUAUUGUGGAAAAAUCAAAAUCGACGUUUCAGCUGCUCUAGGGAGCUUUCCUCAUGAAAAAGCCCUGUGUCCUGAUGAAAGCUCCCUAGAGAAGCUGAAACAUGGAUUUUGAUUUUUCCACAAUAAGUGGAGAAGUAAACUUUGGAAAAUCCUUGAGUGCCGGUAUUUUUCUUUGCUUAUAAUUGAACCACCAGAGCACCAGGUAUUGUUUUCUUUUUGUUCGUUGGAGUGCAGGGGUUACUUGUAUUUAUAUAUAUAUAUAUAUAUAUAUAUAUAUAUAUAUAUAUACACACACACACACACAGUGCAUCCACUGCACAUGUACUAACACACACUGCAGCCUUUACACAAACACACACUGAACCCACAGAACACACACCCUGUAUCCACUCUACAAACACUGCUUCCUUGUGAGUGAACUUAUAGGGGGGUCCUGUGGGCAGGAUUUGGAGGCAGGCCCUGGGGUAUGAUUGGAGGCGACCCCCCCCGGGGGCCCAGACCUUGAGUUGUGUUAGGGGCCCUAAAAUUUCUGAUGGCGGCCCUGUUUACGAGUAUGUAGUAACUUUUUUAGUUUAGAUUGAAAUUUAGGUCAUGCAGUCAUCCAAAAAUGCAGAUAGUGUGUGUGUAUAUAUAUAUAUAUAUAUAUAUAUCUUUAGUUUUGUUUUUAUAAAUGUAUACAUAACUACAGUAUAGUAUCAUAUUUCCUAAUACAUGCUUUUGUAUUGUGUAUCUUUCACAUUGAAGUUUGGGUCAGGGCAACAAUUUAGGGUUAGUUUACCUUUAUGGCAGCACCUGUAAAUACAUAUUCCACCCUAGAUUGAUGGGACAUGGAUUCCUAGCUGCUAUCUGAGUUCGCUGUCCUUAAAAGAACACUGUCAGCUCACACUCAGAGGAUAUGACAGCGUUCUAAUAAGUCUGCCACUCUCCCGUACUAUACUGGAAGAUUAGCUGACACAUGCAGAGUUAUUUACUAAAGUGAGAAUUCAAAGUGGAUUCACCUUGAAUUCUCAAUUUAGUGAAUAACCCUGAUGGUGUUUUCUUGCCCUCCUCUGCUGGCAUGUCAUUUUCAGUCCAAGAAAUGAAUAAAUCAUGGCAUUGGCAGCAGCAAAUAGCUGAUGGCAAAAAUAAUAGCUCCCACUCAUCUUGGGGAGUGGAGAAUGUUAGGUUUUGGGGUUUUUUUUAUUCACAGUGUAAAUCACAUCAUGCAGGACAGGUUUUGAAAUAGCAUGAUCUUCUCUAAGAAGUAACUGGCAGCUCAUUCACAUACUCUCUCUGUUAAGAUAUAAUGGUGGUGUUUGGAAUUCUCUUUUGUUUGCCUACAUAAAUAGGGUGUGCAUUUUAUUAUUUUUGUAUUCUGCUACUUAAAAGCAGCACUGUGUAUUUUUCUUGGGUGAGGGGUGGCACAGCUUAAUUAUCCUUCUAAACUGCUGCAAUUUCCAGGUAUUCUAAAUAAACUACUUCUAUUAGUCGCUGCUCGCGCUGUUUACCAAACCUCACAGUUGUCUCACUUUGCACAUUAAUAAUUGUUAUUUUUCAGAGUUAUCAACAGGAUCCCACACUCACCAACACCAUGUUCGGACAGCACCAAAAAUGAAAGGUGAGAGAUGUUCAAUAUCUUUUGAAAGCAGUUUGGUCUAAUAUGUAAUGUUUUUUAUUGCAUUCCUGUGAACAUAAUUUGACUAUUUACAGCUUUCCAGUCGCAGCCACCUCAGUCCAUAGACUGGUUAUAGUUUAGGUCCAUUUACACAAACUAUGCAUUUAAACCCUGCCUCCCUCCCUCACCAAUAAUAGUGAGGAGGAGCAAUAAAACAAGAUAAGCAACAAAAAAAAUAAAAAAAUAAAAAAUAUAUAUAUAUAUAUAUAUAUAUAUAUAUAUAUAUAAAAUUCCCAUGCUAUGCAAGAUCAUCAGGUUUUUCUCCCAAUAGUCUAUAAUGAGCCUUCGCAGAGCAAAAUUGGAUAACUUUUAUUGCAUCAGGUUUUGUUUGUUUUACAGCAGGGGUUUGUUUUUUUGGGGGGUUUUUUUGUGAUCCGGUACAUUUUUAUUUUAAUAAUUGCAUCAUGGUAUUUUGGAAUUCAUUCUAACCUUUUUUGGGGGCUGAAGAAAAGAUGAUUUAGAAGAAAUAAGAAUAAUGGUAAGUAUAAUUUUUCUUUCCUUACAAGUUUUAGGUUUAGUGCCCACCCUUUACCGUAAGAACUGUGAGGGGGAAAGGCAGAGUCUAUAAGUGGGAAGGGGGUAGCUUGGGGUCCACCACCCCCUUUCAAUAUUUAUUUGGAGCCCUCAACCUACUACUAGUGGAACAGUUCCCUACUAAACUCCCCUCCCCCUAUGUUUUUUACAGGCCCCAUCGCCUUUCUGGAAAGUGGGCAGCAAUGUGGUGGCAGGUUAGCAAGCUCUGGCCAGCCAUCACGUUAAUUGUUAACCCGCGUGCUGCUGAGUGUUAUUACUAACUAUUUGCCUGAAGCCUGCUAGCAGGCCAUAGAGAUUAACAUUCAGACAAAAAUUCGGUGAUCAGCAAAAAUGUUCACCAAAUUUCAGCUAAAAAGAAUAGGCAUGUGUCUGAAAAUUGGUCAAAAAAAAUUCUAGUUUGACAGAAUGACCGAAAACACCAAAUCAUUUCUCUAUGCACAUGUCUAGUGGUUAUGUUGCUUAACGUGCCCAUUUGAAAUCCAGCCAUUUUGGUAUUUAUUAGCUGCCUUCCUCAAUGGUUAACAGGAAAAUGGUUACUUCUUGCAGUAGAAUUCUGUGAUGUCUUAUUCUGUAUUUUCUAGAAAAACUGCAGAGGUUCCUACAACCACAUCCUUCUCAUUUAUUAGUUUGGAGGUUAUGUUUGACUGUACUGCUUCAACAGGAGCAUUAGUAUUACUAUAUUAAUAUAUACAGGGUAUUAGGGCAAUAUCUUUUAUGUGGCUCGUCUCACUCAGUCCCCCUAUGGAUUAAUCAUUGAUCUGAGCAUGUUUAUUGCCACAUUUGUAUGCAUUCGGAUGCUUGAUACUUUUUGUAUCUAUCAAGGUGAUAAAGUCUUGCACCGUUUAGCUUGGGUAACAAGCACUUCUUGGAUCCUUGGCCUGAGGUAAUACAGCCUUUAUAUUGGCUCCACCUAGUGCUCUUAUUCAAGUAUUACACCCUGUAAAUGGAUGGAUUCAGUUUGCAUUGAUACUUUAUUUUUUUUUUUUCAUUAAUAUUUUUUACUUAUUUUGCCUUUCCAUCACAAGGCAGCAAUAUCUUAGUAUUGUGUAUUUUAUACAUGUAUUAGUUUUUUUGACUAUUUAUAUAUUUAUAUAUAUAUAUAUUUAUAUAUUUAUAUUUUGGCUCACAUGCAUACAUUUUUUUCCUACAUUACCACCAUUUAAUGAUUAUAAUAAAUUAUGUCUAUCCUCAUCUAUAAAAAGCAUCUAAAACUACUGUGGAUGGACAUUGAAGAUGAAACAAUUGGGUAUAGAUAUAACAUUUUGGGAAAGGGCCCAUGUAGGUUAAUAAACGAAUAAUGCAAGCACAAUGACCACCUUUCAGUGUUUCAAAGUGGUCAUGGUGCAAGGACCCUUUAUGCGCAGAAUUUCAACAUGAAACAAUACCCAUACUUACAUAUUUAAUGUUGUAACUUAUGGCAGUGUUAUUAGAAUGAGAGCUCUCAUCUGUUCACCAAGUGGCUGACAGUAGGCGACAAAUCGUAUUAACUUAUAACUGCUCUGCAAGUAGGUAGAAGUAGCCCAUUGCAGGAGAUUGUUGUGCUAAUGUGGUGGUUGAGGAGUGCACCCAGCACAGAGUAAGGGCAGCUGCAAACUAAUCAGCCAGCCUUAAAGUAGAGCAGCCUGGCCUUGCCAAGGGAGGAGGCAAUACUUUGCAAAAUGGUUUUCAUCCCUAAUAAAGAAUGGCCCUAGAGCAGCGUUUUCCAAUUGGUGUUCCGCGGAACACUAAUUGGAGUUCCGCCAAAAAAUGUAAAAAUAAAAUGGCCGCGGGAGGCAAGGGAGCAGUGAGCAGUUGUCUCCCUGCUCAGCUCCCUCGCGUGCACAGCAGUGAUGCUGGAGCCGGAAUAUGACGUCACUCUGGCUCCGGCAUUUCUAAGAGGUGCGCGAGGGAGCUGAGCAGGGAGAUCACUGCUCCUUCGCUGCCAGCUGCUCAGCAGCCCCACUGGACCCCAGGGAUUUCAUGCCAGCUGCCAGCAGCCCCACUGGACCCCAGGGACUACAUGCCAGCACUCCUAAAGGUAUGGGGGCUGGGUGGAGUAAAAUGUAAAAACAAAAAACUAAAAUUGUAUGUGUGUCUGUUAGGGAGUUUGUAUGUGUUUGUGUGUUUGUCAGUGAGAGUGAAUGUGUACUUGUCAGUGAGUGUAUGUGUUUGUCAGUGAGAAUGUAUCUGUUCUUGUCAAUGAGAGUGUAUGUGUGUCUGUCAAAGAGUGUGUGUGUUUGUCAGUGAGAGAGUAUGUGUGCCUGUCAAAGAGUGUGUGUGUAUCUGUGUCAAGGUUUGUGUAUGUGUCACUGUGUGUGUGUGUAUGUGCCAGUAUGUAUCUGUGUGUUUGUAUGUGCCUGUGUAUGUGUAUCUGAGUGUGUCAGUGUAUAUCUGUGGGUGUGUGUAUUUGUGAGUCCAGAUGUGUGUGUCAAGGUGUGUGUCAGUUUGUAUCUGUGUGCCAGUGUAUGUGUAUAUCUGUGUGUCAGAUACAUAUACACACACAGAUACACACUGGCACAUACAAACACAGAUAUACACACCUUGACACACCGGCACAUACAGACACAGAUACACACACACCUUGACACACCGAUAGAUACAUACAUACAAACACACACACAAACACACACACACAGAUACACACUGUGUGUCAAGGUGUGUGUAUCUGUGUGCCACUAUCUGCCAGUGUGUGUCAGAUUCAUAUACACUGGCACAUACAAACACAGAUUCACACACCUUGAUACACAGACACAUAAAAACACAGAUACACACACCUUAAUACACACACCUUAAAACACAGAUAGAUACAUACAUACAUACACACACAGACACAUACUGUGUGUCAAGGUGUGUGUAUCUGUCAGUGUGUGUAUCUGUGUUCCACUACCUGCCAGUGUGUGUAUCUGUGUGUCAGAUUCAUACACACUGGCACAUACAAACACAGACACACACACCUUGAUACACAGACACAUACAAACACAGAUACACACACUUUGACACACAGAUACACACACACAGAUACACACUGUGUGUCAAGGUGUGUGUAUCUCUGUGUGUGUGUGUGUGUGUGUGUGUGUGUAUGUGUGUUAGAUAUACAACUGGCACAUACGAGCACAGAUAUGCACACCCUGACACACACCAGCACAUUAAAAAAAAUGGCACAAUUGUAUUGUUUUUUUCUGGGGGGAUGGAAGGGGGGGGGAGAGAGGAGGUUCCACAAUUUUAAUACACUAUGUCAAAGGGUUCCACAGGAGAAAUUAAUUGGGAACCCCUGCCCUAGAGUAAUCCUGGCAUUAUAACCAAGAUAAUGUCCAUCACAAUUAUUCCCCUAGAAGACACUGGAGUGUCUGUGCUUAAGGCAAGACAUAAAUAUAGUGCAAUUAGAUUGUAUUAUGUACGAUAAAAUGGGAAAAGAAGGUGCAGUCUAUCAGACAACUGAGACUCCAAGAGCUGAAUUUUUUCUGUUUUUAUCUAAAAGAUUUUAUUAAGUGCUAGUUUUACCUGGUUCUUUUUGUAAUUUGGAUACAUUCAAAGCAUUAAGAAAGCAUGUUUAAUGAAUCCUAAAACAUAUGCAAAAUGAUAUUAAUAAUUCUGAUAUUGUGUUCAUUGUGUGCCAUUAUCGAUACAAUAUUUUGACAUGCUCCUCCUCUAUCCUUAUUAUAUUUUAGAGAAAGACUUAAAAACUCGUCGGAGAGUAUCCCUCAUUAGUCGUGAAGAAUUAGAAGAUAAAUUCCUCAGACUUCAUGAGGAUAACCUGCUUCUCAAGGAUUAUGCCAGAAAGCAAGAGGAUAAAAUCAAGAGGUAACAUAACACCAUCAAUUACUCUAAUUAACCAGGUCAUCAAUUUAAUAUUUUUGGAUCAGCUUUUAAAAUUUUUGGAUGAACCUUUCAAAUUAUCUAAAAAUAAUUCUUAUUAAAUUUAAUUGGGACUUCUGUAGAUAAAUAAUGUAAAGUCUCACAGAUUGUAAUCAUUUGAAAAGCAUGUCCAAAACAUAGUAAAUUAAGGCCUAAGUUGGUAAUUAUCAGCCCCAUGUGAAAAUAAAAGGUAUAAAGGUUUACAUUCCUAUAAUUUCAUAUUUUAAUUAUAUGUUGGGAGCAGGGGUAGAUCCAGAACCUAAUCUUAGGAGGGACACUGGUAGAUUAUUUAAAGAAACAAUCCAGGCCCAAUUAACACUACAGCUCUCUGUAGUCGUUAUGGUGCCUGGAGUACAGUGUAGCUGCUGUGACUGCCAAGUGUGGGGCUGGGUGUGUGCACAAUGGAGAUGGCGAGAGAGCUAUAAUCUUUUGCUCUGCUCCCUGACGUAGUGUUGUAAUGCCAGCGCUGGAGUGAUGUCAUAUUCCGGCUCCCAGCAUCACAGCACAGUACGCGAGGGAGCAGAGCAAGAAGAUUACAGCUCCCCUGACGCCUCCCUUGCACUCACUCCCAGCCACCUGUGGGGGGCUCUAAGGUGGCCAGCUGGCCAGCUCCUGGGUUCCCCAUGACAGGCUGAAGCCCCAGAACACGCUUCUUCCCCCGGAUAGUGCACCCAAGGCAAAUGCCUUGUUUACCUUGAGAAGAAUCCAGCGCUGCCUAGGCAUCAUGGGCAACAACAUUACUCAGAACACAGAAGUGCAAUGGACAAAUACGUAUUACUAAAUGUGUUAGUUUAUGGUCCAGUAAUGAGCAACAGAAGGUGAAGGCUUAUUUCAUUUCAUUUCACAGAAUGAGUACAAAAUUGCUGCGCUUGACAGCAGAUCUUGGAAAGACAGGGGAGAAUAAAACAGCGAAUGUAAGAAGAGAUGGGAGAGACCUUGAAGCUGAGGAAACCAUUGAAGACUUACAAAAUCAUGUGAGAGACCUGGAGCGGCGAAAUGAAGCCUUACGAAAUCGAGUAAUCACAUUCAAGCAACGUCUUCAGUUCCAAGAUGGAUGUAGACACUGUCCAUACAGUACAGUAUCUGCAAGGAUAGAUUCUGGAGUCAGACGAAAUGCAACUCUACCAGAGAAAACAAGGAGAGGUGAGAGAGAUGUACACAUAGACAGCCAGACAGAGAAAUAUAUGUGAGAUCUGAUUAAAAGAGAAGUACAUAGUAUUUAAAAAUAUUUGGAAAAAAUAUGUUACUUUAGCUCUGUGUGUUAUUUCAGGCCUACGUGUGCAAAGUCUGGAGAAGAGGCCUCCACAGAUGUGUGAAGAGGCCCUCAGUGAUGAAGCCAGAGCAGAGAUUGACAGACUGUGAGUACUAUUUUACAGCAUCUAUAGCUUGCUUAAUAUAUUUGAAACCGUCCUAUCAAUUACAAAUCAGACUAAGAAUUUGUUUAUUUACAAAUAGUUACAUUUAUUAAGAAAUAUUUAUUUUAUUCAACAGUUUCCAGGUUGUUGAAAAUCAAAACUACAAAGUUGAUGACAGAUCUGCCACGUUGUUAAAAAACAUGGUAGCCAUGAGGUCAAGGGAUGUAGGGACAGAGAUGAUGCUGUCCCUCCAACGCAUUCAGCAAGCUGAAGAACAAAGGUAUAUUUCAUGAGACUUAAAAUAGCCACAGGACACAAGUAACAUUUGAAUCUUUCAUAAUUAAUUAUUAAAUUGGAACCAUCCUGUCUCUUGAAAUAAUACUACCAAAUUAAACAGUGAGAAUCAAAUAUAACUUGUGUUUUAUUUAUUCUUGUGGUGUUCCAUUUUUAUUUAAAUUUAUAUUAAAGAUUUAAAAACCGACAUUACAAUUCAAAUAUGUCUAGUCACAGCCAGGGCACACAUUGCAAAUCUGAUUUAUCUUCUCUUAUAAAUAAUGAUUGACAGAGCUAACGUGCAUGUGCUUAGUUGCCUACUAAAGAAGUAUCUCUGCCAUUUUAUUUUAUUUUGUGUGUGUACCAUUGGCAUAACUAGCCCUAGGCACAAAAGUGCUGAUUUCUCUGUAGGUGUAGUGUUUCAAGCAGCAUUGCUGCACAUACAGAACCGGACUCUGGUUCACCAUGACCAAUUGAAAUCACUGAAGUGGUCAUGGUGGUAGGAGUAACCCUUUAACUAAUAUAAUUGUAAACAAUAAAACAUUUUUGGCCAGCUUAUCCAGAAAUAAUGUAGUAUGAGUAGACCUUCAGCUUACAUCUAUGAUUUAUUGCUACUAUAGUUCCAAUACACUAUACACUGAUCAGUCACAACAUUAAAACCACCUGCCUAAUAUUGUGUAGGUCCCCCUCGUACUACCCAAACAACUCUGAUGUGUCAAGGCAUGGACUCCACAAGACCUCUGAAAGUGUCCUGUGAUAUCUAGCAUCAAGACAUUGACAGCAGAUCCUUUAAAUCUUGCAAGUUGAGAGCUGGGACUUCCAUGGAUUGAAUUUGUUGUUCCUACACAUCCUACAGAUGCUCAAUGGGAUUGAGAUAUGGGGAAUUUGGAGACCAAGGCAACACCUUGAACUCUUUGUCAUGUUCCUCAAACCAUUUCUGAACAAUGUUUGAAGUGUGGCAGUGUGCCUUAUCCUUCUGAAUGAGGCCUAUGCCAUCAGGAAAUACCAUUGCCAUGAAUGGUUGUAUGUGGUCUGCAACUAUCUCUAGAUAGGUGGUAUGUGUCAAAGUAACAUCCACUGAAUACCGGGCCUCAAGCUUUCCCAGCAGGAAAUUGGCUAGUGCCUAACACUGCCUCCGCCGGCCUGCCUUCUUCCCAUAGUGCAUCCUGUUGCCACCUCUUCCCCAAGUAAAAGACACAUAUGCACCUGGACAUCCACCUAAUCAAAAAGAACAUGUGAUUCACCAGACCAUGCAACUUUCUUCCAUUGCCCCUCAUUAUUCAGUUAUGAUGCCCCCAUUGACAGGUGUCAUUGUGACAAUAUAAUCAAUAUUGUUCACUUCACCUUUCAGUGGUUUUAAUGUUGUCUCUGAUCAGUGUAUGUAAGCAAUGUACGCCUGGUCCUAAACAGACUGCCCUACAGAAAGCUUACAUUUCAGAAGUUUGUUUUAAACCAUAUGAAUAUAAACAAUUUAACCAUAUAAAUUGUUGUCCGGUUUCCAUACUGAUCAUGUAUAGUUUCUAUUGGGUUUUUGUUGUUUGUUUGUUUGUUUUAUUAUCCUAGUUAAUAUAAUAAGUAGUAAAAUAUUCCGGAUUAUAUUAUUUUUCAACAUUGGUAUUGUUUUUUGGGGGGGAUUUAACUUCUAAUUUCACCUCGAUAGGACUAUACUGCAGGAAAAUGUGAUGCAUAUUCGCCUCCAGAAAGAACUUAGAGAAAAGAAUACAAGUCUAUGUGCCCUGAAGGAACAGUUCCAACAGCUCAAGGAAGUAAGGAUCAUUGCAGAGAGAGAACGCCUUCCAUGGAGCCAGUGAAAGAAAUCUUUCCAAGUCGCUUUUUACUUUGCUUAGGGUUUCUAUGAAUAUAUUCAUGAUCAAAAUGCUAAUAUUUUGUGCACUAUAAAAUCCUAGUAAAAUGUAACAUGAAGAAAUGACCUGUCCAAAACCUAAGUAAAGUAGUAGUCUGCUCACUUGUUCAUUUCUUAACAUGUUUGUUUUUUCUUUGUUUUUAGUCAUAUGAGACAGAACUAGAGGAGGUAAGUGCAUAAACUUAGCACCACACUUCAAACUCAAACAACUUACCGAAGUUUCAUUUCUCUAAAUAAAGUUUAAUUUGCAGAGACAGAAAAGUAUUAAAGGAACAAUAAAGGCAUUCAGACAACGUCAUCUCAAUGAAGUGGUCUAGGUGCAGUGGCCCUUUAGUUUUAAUCCUACAAUGUAAAACAUUGCCAUUUAGUAGAUACAGCCAUGUUAUGAUUGCAGGGUUAAACUCUGAAAUAAAAUGCUCCUUAAUUUUAGCACUACCUCAAGACUAACUAAAAGUUAUCUACUAGUUGUGAUACGAUUUUUUUUUUAAAUUCUUUAUAGCUUUAUAUAUAAUUUAUAAUUUACCUCUUCUGCAUUAUUUGCCUCCCAUCAACACCAACAGCAGGGCACCAAGAAGUGACACAGCUAUUAGUCUAACCAGCAUUCACUUGUUUUGUACAAAUGCAUGUGUAAAUUCAUUUGAUUUUGUAGAAACGGUGCCGGACAAGAGUCUCUUGCAAGCCAUCUGAUGAAAUCAACAGUAGUUUAUUGAAUCCAUAAGUAUGGCUUAUGUGUAGAUAUUCACGAUUAUUUACUAAAGUGAGUAUGCAAAGGGAAUUCAAAGUGAACUUAAAUUUAAAGCCAAACUGAAAGCAUAGGGGAAUUUUCCAGUUUGGAUAUUUUGACCUUCAUUUAGAAUUUACUUUGAAAUCUCACUUUUUGUGAAUAACCUUCAUCUUCAUCUUUAAAGUCUGGUGUGCUGUCCAGAAGAUGAAAGUUACUAUAUAAUCUAAUAUCUGUUUUAACGGCAGUAGAAUAAAAUAACCUAGUCCCUAGAUAAAUAUGGGAUGGCUAAAUUCUGUAGAGCCUCCAAUGCAGUUUACCAAACCCAUGGAGCGAUCUCAAAAUCACACACAUGGAAUUGCUCACAAAACUCAAAGAUGCUGGUGUAAUUCAUUCAUGGACGGCGUUGAAUAUUUUUUCCUGUAGAAGCAGAAGUCACUGACAUUGAGCCACCAGGCUGUUUUGACCCAGCUGGAGGAACUGAGCACACAACUGAAGGCAGAGAGAGCCAAGGUACUGGCCAUGGAAGUAGAUCAGCAAAGUGUCAGUAAUCUACAGACAUCUCUGCAUGAGGUGAGUGUCAGGCAAAUUACACUAUAUUCUCUCAUCAAUAUAUUUCAUUUUAAUAUCUGCUGUAUUUACUGCAUAAUCUGCAUUAAGAAGGCAGUUAUCUUGCAAAAUACACUGUUUAAAGGCACAUUGAGCAAUCAUAAACCACAAAAUAAUUUGGUCUAUAUAGUCAAUCUUUGAAUGUGUCUCUUAAAAUAAAUAUGACCUAUAAGAUUGUUGGUGUAUUGUGAAGAAUGCAAGAAGUAUUUUCUUUUUGUAUUGCUUAUUAUAAACUUAAAGAGAACAUAAUCAAAAUUAUAUAUAUUUUUUUAUCAAUCUGUCUGUUUUUCUAUUUAUUGCCCAGAUCAAAUUACUGCUUUAGGCAUGUUGGAAGCCAACUCCCAUAUCAGUCAGUCAUUAGUCAUUGAACGAGUGGAGGGUUCUAACACACAAAACAAUGAUGUUGUUGCAUCCUGUGCAUGCAUGAUGUCUACUUGCAGAGUGUUUUAUGAGGGUAUUUUCUGGUCAUUUUGUGAGAACAGAUAGAGGGACAAAUCUAACCAAGCCCAGUCUUCAAAUGGAAAAACUAUGAUAAUAAUUUCGUACUAUGUAGCCUAACAGGGUUAUUCACUAAAGUGAGAAUUCAUGGGGAAUUCAAAGUAAAUUUCAACAAGACCAAAGUAGCUGAUGUGAAAACAUAACUGACAUAAUUUGUUUCACAUUUUGAUUAUUUUGACCUUUAUUCACCUUGAUUUCUCACUGUAGUGAGCAACCCUGUAAAAGUAGUAUUUGGCUGCUUAUGCAAACCAAAUUAUAUAAUUUCAGCACAUUAUUUUAUGUAACUGUGGGUUUAUUGCAGUUCCAAGAGAGAGUAAAUGAUCUGGAGAAGGAAAAAGAACUUAUCAAAGAACAUUAUGAAAACCUGGUCAAAAGGUAACGCAACAGUUGGCAAACAUGUAUUACUAAAGUUAUUGUUGGCAAGUCUAGUUUAUGAAAAAUCGCAUCAACUAAAUAUGGAUGUUUUUCCAGAAACUGUGUGAUGAUUGAUAAAAAUAUUGGUCCAUUUUGUCUUGAUAAAUACUUUAACUUGUCUUUUGUCUUUAAUGCAUUCUUCAGUACUAUGGACUCAGACCGUGUCAACACUUUGCAAGAAACUGAAAAAGAAUUGCAAAAGCAGAUUUUGCAACUGGAGAGCCAGAAUCAUUCACUAAUGAUUGAAGAAACCCAGGUCAAGGACCAACUUCUGCAUGAAAGAGGUAGGGACCAGAAUUAUUCUCAUCACCUGCUGGGAUGCACAUGGAGCUACUCCAUAAAGUCUGAUCAGCCCUGUACUGAACACAGCAAAAAGAUCUGAUUGUGAACCGGACCAUUCAAUCUGCAAAAUCUAGACAUUGUUCUCACUAUUUAGCAAUGUCUAAGUUUUGCAAGGAGCCUCAACGUGGCCAAGGUUUCAGCCAGACCAAAAGCUGCCAGAUUGCUGAAACCCAGACCCAAAUUGUUACUAUCCAAAUACCAGAUAUCCCCACUGGCAGCACUAGCAACCAGCGAGCAAAUAGCUAAAAAUAAAACCUUGGUGGCACGAGGGUUGAGUGAGUUAACCUAAACUAUAAAGAAAAGGCCUAUUGCAAUCAAUAUGAGUAUUUUAGUAUGUAUCAAUUUAGUAUUUAUCAAUAGUUAAAGAAAAAACUCAGGGUUAAGUGAUGUGGCAGCUGAUGUAAUUUUUUAAAAGGACUUUGGGCACACAGGCAGACCAAAGCACAAAUUCUAGUAUACUGCUCUGUACUGCUCUCCCUGCCAUGUCUGUUCCAUCUGUCUCGACAGCUCACAGCCAAAACUCUCAGAGCAGACUGGGCAGCACAAAACAAUGCUGGGCUUACAAAUGAUUUUUUGCAAUGGAGUCCGAUAUUUGGGGAUGGAUGCCCAUCAUCAACCUCCCACUAUUGACACAGCUAGUGACACCCCUACUGAUGGUGUCCCCCGAUGUGGUCUGCACUCCACACACCUCCAUUAGUGAUGCAGCUGUAAGAUGAGUUUGGUUCCAGUUUUAUUUAAAAUUGCUGCUUUGUAAAUGUCCCACUUUAUAGUUUCUAUAGGAUGUGGAUGUGAAACGUACUGAUUUCAAAGUUGAGACAAAUGCAUCCGGUUGAAUGACUGACUAAAUUCUGAUUUGGCUUUAGUAAAUAUCAGAAUUGCCAAUCAUGUGAGAAUUCUGCCAUAUUUACAAAAUGCUGUCCAGCUGGUGUCUAGUUAAUCUAUCCUUUAGCAAAUGGAGGCAACUAUGCUCUUUAUUCUUAUAAAUGAAGCAGCAUUACUGUGAUGCUAUAGCAAUGUGGAUAUUUUAAAUGUUUAUGCUGCAUAGAUACCAUAUUAUUCUUGAAAAUAUGAGACGGCUGGAAAAAAAUUAUAUUUAUCCAAUUUAAAAUUUACAUAAAGUAAGGGUAGUAUGCACUCAUAUAGACAUAGCCAGCACAAUAUAAACGCACAUGUUUUUCAUAUAGACAUAACCAAUGUAAAAGAAUCAUAUCACAUGUAUCAUAUAUACCCAUAGUGUAGUGUGUAUGUAUAUGGGACUUUAGAAGCUACAAGCUAAGUAUCUAUAAAAUAAUUUUAAGUUAGAUAAACUUUUUGUGUCCUUCUGCACUAUUGUAAUGAAAAAGAGACUGGUACUUUUUUGCAUUAAAUGACCAUACCACUGGUGGCAAGGAUGUAUUUACCACAAGGCAAACAAGGCAUUUGCCUAGGGCGGCACUUUUGGGGGGGAGGGGCACCAAAAAAUGCCACCCCAAGCUUCCAGACAAAUGCCUUGUUUGCCUCGUGUUCUGGGGCUGUCCACCUUACUGUGAGUGAGUGAGUGAGUGUAGCUGUUAGUAUGUCUGUGAGUGAGUGAAAGUGUGUGUCUUUCAGUGAGAAUGGGUGUGCCUGUGAGUGUGUGUAUGUCAUUUUAUGUGUAUUUGAGAGUGUGUGCCUGUCAGUGAGUGGGUGUUUCAGUGUGUGUCUGUCAAUGAAAGUGUGUGUUGGUUAAAUGUGUGCUUAUGACUGUAUGUAUGUGCCAAUGACUGUGUAUCUGUCAGUGAGUGUAUAUUAGUGCAUGUAUCAAUGAGGGCAUGUCUGUCAGUCAAAAAAGUGGCCUUGACACGAAUUGGGGGGGGACCAAAUUUUGAUUUUGGGGGUGCCCGAAUUUAGUCGUGCCUAGGGCAGCACAAAUCCAAAAUACACCACUGACUGGUGGUAUUAUGUGUGGCUGUUUUGAGGUGGAGCAGAGUGACCCAUUUAAGACAUUGCAAACACUAGCUGAAUCUCUGCUGCAAACUGUCCCUGUCAAAUGGUUUUCAUAUGUUAACAAUUUUAUAACCCUGUGAUGUAAUGUAUCAUCUCUCAGAACAAAAAGAGCACUUCAAGCAAGAAGUUUCUCAACUGCAGAUACAGCUUUUAGAGAAAACAAAUGAUAUAAUUGGACUUCAGGAGAAAGUAUCAGCCAUUUUGUCUAGAGACAUCCACCGCAAAGGGGAAGUAACAUCACAAAACGUGCAGGUGGGCAGACAUUCAGUAAGCAUCAGUGUCAUCCUAUAAUGUUUCUUUGAAGUACAAAGGCCAAGAUAUUUUUCAAAGUUCAAUUCAAGUAAUGUAUUUAGUAAAAUGUAUCAUUUUUUUUUAGCUAAUUUUAUCAAUAAGAUUAGUGGUGAACCAGCCACUGAUGAAGCAAGUGCAAGGCAACAAGCUUUUGCAUGUUCAAAUGCUUAGGGGUAACCUGGUUUCCCUAAAAUAUAUGGGAAUACUAUGUAUAUUUUGUUUGUGUAUAAAAUCCAACCAAAGAAAAUUGGUAAGUCUUCACUGUAAAAAAUAUGAAAUUACACAAGUCAUAGCUUUCAUAGAAAACUCAUGAAGGUGAUUUUCUCAGCCAUUGAGGUACAUUAUAAAAAAGAUAUGUCUGGUGAAGUGUAUGAAUGCUGUUAAUGCAAAUAUUCUUUAGCAAACAAAAUAUUCUUUUAAUGAGACGCAUAAAAUAUCUGAGUGAGGAGAGUGAUGUAACCAGGAACAGGAUAGAUUACGUAGGAUAUAAUAGGAUAGAGUAAGUAGAAAUAUAAUAGGAUACAUCAUUCUAGGUUUGUGGAGGAUCCAGCCCUCAAAAAUGCUCCAGUUUUAGACCGACCCCUUGAACAACCCUCAUGCAGUAGGGAGGAAAUGUUUUACUCCAAAGUGAGCAGGAAGUGGAGAGAUGAUGCCUCCUCUGAAAAAAUAACCGUAAUAUUUUACAUUGCAGAGUUAAAACUAAACAACCACUACAACCCAGACCGCUUCCUUGAGAUGAUGUGCACUGGGUGACUCUAGUGGUCCUUUAAUGGUCAAGUGUUCUGAGAAUUACUAAAGUAUGCCUAUUUGCAAUUUGUAACAAGAUCAAGCUGGUGUAGAAUUAGGGUAGAAUUAGGGGCAGGAUUGGGGGAAAAUGUAUACAUGGGGUUUAUCAUACUCAAGAACAGUGGCAGAACACGUAUGGGGUGUUUACAGUAGUUUACAGUACUUGACCUGUGAAUUUUCACAAAAUAAAAUGUGUGAAAAACCACAAAGCUAUUAAACAUUUUGACCAUGGUUCAUGAUAAAAUGGUUAAAUGAAAAGUGUCAAAAUGCUUUUAGCUAAAUAGCCUGGGUACCUACUUUCUACAAAUAUAUUCUUUUCUGAAGCAGUUUUGAAUUCUGCUACUACUAUUAAAGUCAUACUCUCAACAUGCCAAAUUUGCUAAGUUUUUAUCUUUAACCAUAAUUACUCCAUGCAAUAUUUGUUUUAUAACUUCUAAAAAUGUAUAGAAAUCAUAGAAAUAUAGGGCAUUUUAACAAUUAGGACUAUUUUCAGUAGUUUUCUUUUAGCUGUCCUUGUUGUGUAGAAAUUAUUAAAUGUGAAACUGAGAAAGAACGUUUUGUUUUUUUAUUUAUUUAUUUUAAAUAUUUUAUUCCUAUUUAAUGUUGUGUUCUAUAUACAUAUAGGAUAACACAAGAGGUGCAGGAGGGUGGCUUCUACUGGCUGAGGCUAUUGGGAGUUAGGCAUUGGCUUUUUAACCCCUUAAGGACACAUGCUGUGUGACAUGUCAUGAUUCCCUUUUAUUCCAGAAGUUUGGUCCUUAAGGGGUUAAAUCCAUCCUCCCCCUCUGUGCCUUCUCCUCCCUCUCCCUCCCUCGCUGCUCCGUUAUCAGGUAGGAAGUGACCAGUUUUCAUUUACUCCUAGCACUGCCAUUACAUUAUUAAAGGGUCUGGUCACUCUGUUAAAGGGCCGCCGAGCAGAGCCAGGUCCUUGAAGACACAUGCCCAUCGGGUGGCCCUCAGCAUGCAGGCGCAAAUGCAUCUGCACCGGUAGCACCAGUGGAAGUUCAGCCGAUGUGUAUUGGUGCACAGAACGGGUGAAAUUGUAGUAGAAUGAAUACAUGGCAAGUGCCAAAGAGGCCUUGGUCAGAAGUGCUUUGCAUCUCAAAAGAUCCUUGGUCCUUCAAAUGGAAGUUUAUAAUUCCUCAUUGGCUCUGGAGUUUUGCUCAUGGGAGUAAAUAGGCAGAGCCCAAUGAACCAGGGGCAGAGUUGAAAUCCAGAGUAACUGGACAGAGCCCAAUGAACCAGGGGAGAAUUUAAAAUACAAGGGCAGAGUUUAGCCCCAUCCACCAUCAUUAAACUUCACUAGCCACUAUGGGAACAGAGGUACAGUGCAUGUCUAAAGUUAAGGAUUUUCUUUCAAAUUUAGUUUCUUGAAGUAGAGGAAUUUGACAGACUGAGAGAUACAAACAAAUCAGUGGAGAGAUGGGAUGAAGAGAAAAGGAGAUUAGAAUACAAAAAUAAUGUCAAACCAAUUAGAAAUGAAGAAGAAACUCAAAGGGAAAGCACUGAGAACAGGACAGAGCAAGAUCAACAUCAAGAGAAGGAGUUACAGAGGAAAAUACACACUAUGGAUGCAGCACAUGCUGAGACAAUCCUGGAACUUGAGAAGACACGGGAGAUGUUGCUCCUGCAACACAAAAUCAAUAUGGACUACCAAGUAAGUGGACAGUGUAGGAGACAAACUAGAUUAUAUAAUUUGAUAUUAUAUGUAUUGGGUCAACUAUGUGGUACACAUAAAUCUACUUUUAAAAAACAUGAAACAAAAUAGAAAAUACCAAAAUAAAUAUACAGUUGUUGAAUUUGAGACUUCCCUGACUUGUUAAAAACUAUUCUUUCUCAUUAAUUUUCUCUAUCUUUUGUCAGGAAGAGCUUAAAACUGUGAGACUAAGAGCUGAGAGUGAAAGUCGAGAUAGAGAAGACAUGGAACACAACUACAAAGACAGACUACUUCAGAGAGAUACAAGGAUCAAACUAUUGGAGGGUAAUGUCUAGUUGUAAUUCCCCCAGUCAUCAAAAGUUAGACUUUCAUCUCUAGCAGGGUCUAUGAUUGACCUACUUAUUAAAACAGAAAGGAAUGGGCUUACAUAAAGUCCUACAAGAGAAAAGAGUAAACGCUAAUUAACAAUUGGGCAGGAACCCUAAAAGGUGGCAUCCCUCAAGACCCUUUUAAAAUACAAAGUGAUAAAAGAGAAGUAAGGGCUGCGCCAAAGUCCUAUAGCAAUACACAAUCCAAUAUAAAACCGUCCAAAUAUACGUGAAAGAGUCUAAAUGGAAUGAUCUUACUCAGAUCAGAUAAUAAAUAAAGUGCUUGAUCGAGAGUAAUAACAAACAAAAUGCUCAAAAUACUAAAUAUAUGAGUAUCAACUGGAAAUCUGGUUACUGAAAAAUAAUGAAUGUAAAUAAAUAAAAGUGGUAUAGGUAGAUAAGUUCAAAAAUUCAAGGUAAAUGGUCAGACAAAAGGUAAUACAGGCCAAGUGGCUAACCUCCUGUUCCAGUGUCUCUGAAACUCUCAGACUUAGACUUAAAUAUAAUCCUGGUUUGAUAAGUGUGGGCUAUAAAUCAAAAUAGAUAUAAUGAGAGACCUAGAAAAAUGCUUUAACCCUUGGCCCACACUUAUCUCAGAUAUUGACCAAACCAGGAUUAUAUUAAAGACUAAGUCUGAGAGUUUCAGAGACUAUUCUAGAGACACUAGAACAGGAGGUUAGCCACUUGGCCUGUAUUACCCUUUUGUCUGAUCAUUUACCUUUAAUUUUUGAACUUAUCUACCUAUACCACUUUUAUUUAUUUAUUUACAUUCAUUAUUUUUCAGUAACCAGAUUUCCAGUUGAUACUCAUAUAUUUAGUAUUUUGAGCAUCUUGUUUGUAGUUUCUAUAUUUAGGGGUUAUGCCCCAUGACACGUCUGGAGUGUCUUAUAAGGUGCUAUCCUCUACUGGUGUAGUGGAUUAGUAUGGCUUUAAACAGCUACUACCUGUAGUCAUUGUUUCUUUUGUAUAUUAAUUAAUAAGAAGAACCAAAUAGUGUGAUAUGUACAGUCCAAUAUAUUCAAUAUGUGGAAGAGAUGGUAAUAAACUCACAUUUGUUAGAGCUAGCUCUAGUGUGAAGGGCGCACAGCGGUACAAUCCCCCCUUAGGGGAUAUGCAGUAAGCUUCUUCUGUCAGGGGUAUGUUCAACACUCAGGAGAAGGGUAAAAAGAGACGACUAAUAGUGCACACUGAAUAAAACAGUAGUAAUAAGAUACUCACAAGCGAAGAGCAGGCUAACUGCUCUUUGAUGACCGUGUUGGUGGUAUGAUCCCAACCUAGGAUUUCUUGGAGUACAGGAUGGUUAAAAUGCCAGGUAAAAAUGAAUUCAAUAGAAAGUGUAUAAAAAGAUGAUUGGCACAAGUAGAGUGACCAAAAAAUCUUUAAUCAGCUAAAAUACACAAUAUAAAAUUUCCACAAUGCGUUUCGACGUCUUCAAAAUGGAAUAAAACAUAAUACCUGGCAGUAUGGGUUUAAAUAGGGAUAGAAAUGAUUAAAAUUGGCAAUAUGUGAAUGAUUAAAAUUGGCAAUAUGUGUGCAGAUGAUGGAAAACUACAUUUCCCAAGGGGUCUUAGCGGUAUAACCCAAAGUCACAGAAGUCAUGUGAUUCCAUUUAUUUGUUUAUAUUUUACUAUACAAACCUCGUUCCUUCUAUUAAAUCAUAGACAAGAGGCUGGCAAGGCAUUUGCAAGGGCGUUUGGGGGGGGCGGCUUUUUUCACCAUCCCCUUGAAAGUGCCGCCCAAGGCAAAUGCCUUGUCAGCCUCUCGGUAAAUACACCGCUGCCUAUUGCUAUUUGGAUGAUCUCAGCCAAUUCUGAUGAUCUCAGCCAAGGAGGCGUUGCACCAAUCAGCAUCUCCUCAUAUAGAUGCAUUGACUCAAUACAUUUCUAUGGGGAAAGUUCAGUGCCCCUAUGCAGAGCAUGGAGAGGCACUGACCCAGGAAGUGUCUCUUGUUAUCAUCUGAGUGACUGCCACUGGAUGUGUCCCUUGUCAGCAAUGUAAACACUGCAUUUCUCUGAGGGACGGUGUUUAUCUGAAAAUGCCUGCAGGAACUGACUAUACUGACCAGAAUAACUACAUUAAGCCCCUAUAUGACACAAAUUGCAUUGUAUACACACUUUUUGUUUAGAUCUUCACUAACAAUAUAAAAGUAUUUGAAUUUGAAAUUUUUAUUUUCGUAAAAUUGUAUUAUUCUUACUUUUCCCACUUCUUGUGGGCAUUCUCUCUACGUAAUUCCUACAGUUGUAUAUAUAAAUGGCCCACCCAUGAUCAGCUCAAUUACACUAUUGUUACAAUGCUGUCCUGUGUGUGUUGCUCAUCUCUUCCAGCACAACUCAAGGAUAUUGCAUAUGGUACAUUUCCUCCUCGAGUAAUCCAUGCUGAGCCUUCUUCUCCUGAUGUGGAUUCCUCCCACCCUCCUGCUCUUCAUAGGGGGGAGACGCUGUUUGAGGUUCAUUUUGGGGGUAUCUGCUUUUCCCCACGGGGACUGAGAGAUAUUGAUGACCCACAGCCAGUCACCUUCUGCAUCUAUUCCUUUUAUGACUUUGAGACACAUGCCACACCUGUCGUGAGUGGAGCUAGACCGCAAUACAACUUCACUUCCAGUUAUGCUGUUGUCCCAGAUCCUGACUUUCUUCGCUUCUUACGAGUGGGAACUUUGACUGUGGAGCUUUAUCAAGUCAUAGGGAGUGAGCACCGUGAACUGGCCAGGGGUAGACUGCAACUUGAAGCUACUUUACAAAGUACAGAAAAAGUGCACAGGACUACAGAACUGACUGGUAAUAUCCCUAGCCUUCAAUUGAGGAACCUAGAUUUAUAUAUGUCAUCAGUAUGAGGGGAUAGAUGUGUUUUCUUUGUUAGAGACUUGAACAUUGUUUGGGGUAUGUUUCUAUUAACUGUUUAUGUAAUUUCCACGUUUGGAUAGUUAAUUACAAAAUGAAACACACUUUGAUUUAUUGAUGCCUAAUUGCAAUGCUAGGUUUAGGUAGUGCUUGAAAUAAUUAAAGAAGCCUUGUGCUGGCCAUGCUAUGCAUAUAUUUGUACUUACUGGUACCUAGUUGUUAACUUACAAGACGUUGGCUAAUAAUAACUCAUACAGAAAGUAGAAAAGAAGAAUGAAGAAUGUUGAUUUCAAUAUGCACACCAUAUUUUUAAGAUUCCUGUGGAGAAAUAAUUGGAGAGCUGGAUUAUUGGCUGCAUUUCCAUGGACCUCUAUCCCAGACUCAAAGAUUACAAAGACAGAGAAACAAAGCGGCUGGUUACCUAUCCACUCACAGACAGGGUGCUGCUCCCAAGGUGGGCCAAUUUAUUGUGAUAAUGAUAGUAAGAGAGAAAAAAGAUGCUUUGCACAAAACUGUGAUUCAUCCCAUAAUAUUGUGGUCUUUUUUAAUUACAUGUAUCCAUGUGAUAUCAGAGGAGACGCUGACAACCGAUGGCUUAGGGGCAAGUGCAAGCAAAUAGCCUUUUUUAAGCAUAAACAGCACAAACCUCUUUGAGGAUGGCUGUGCUGACACAGUUCAUGUGAUACAUAGGUUUGAUAGAUAGAGGCUACUGGAAUUGGUGUGGCACCUUAUAUACCUGCAAAGUCCAUCAGGAUCACCUACACAGUAUGAAGAGUAUUUACAGACAUAUCUGUGUUUCUAAGAGACUCACACUGGAUUAUGUAACUCCGUUAGCACCAAUGAUGACUGGUAUAUGGGGGGGAAUGUCAUGUCACCCAGCUGCCACUUUCAAGCUCCUUCAGAGAAAACCAUACAUACCCAGAUGCUGCAGUCUCCAUGGAAAGCACUGAGUUUGCAGACUGCUUGCCCAUGUAAAAACCUAUACAGUGUUGUCCCUAGAAAGACCCUUUACAAUUCCUGCUCACACCUGCUGUCACACACCUGCAGUACUCUUUUAAUCUGCAGGAGAAUGGCUCUGGGAGGUUGCGCUGUAAUGCUAUUGGCAAUUUCCCUCUUGCUACUCUUGGUAACGCUUAAUUGUGUAGCAUGGACAAAGUCAACAGAAUUGUAGUGUAUAACAAAAUGAUAUCGAUUAACAUGAAAUUGUGAUUACAUUUUGAAAAUGCAUCAUAUGUGCAAACAGAUGAUUGAAUGUCCCAACACUAAUGUUUUUUGUUCCAGUCCAUCGUGUCAUCUCUCGCUGAUGGACCCCAGAAUGUGCUGGUCAUUCGGAUCUGGAGCUGCAGAAGGCUAUGGGGAGGGCGCAUUGGUUACCAACCUAGUCCUUAUGCUGUUUACCGCUUCUACCAUCACCAAGACCACUCCACCUGUAUCAUACCAUGCAGUAAUAACCCCCAAUUUGGGGAUGAAGCAUUCUACCCUGUGUCCUUGACUAUUGACUUGGAGAGAUAUCUUCACAAGGAGCAUUUGUAUAUUUACGUGUUUGAUGAUGAGGAGACAAAACCUGGAAGUUACCUGGGUAGAGCAGAGGUGCCACUCCUAACCCUGGCACAGGGAAACAGCAUCCAAGGUGAGAGAUUAAUAUAAAGUGAAGGUGGCAGCAUAAAUGUUCAUAAUGUUUCCACUAUCAAACACAUCCAGUUAGUUUUGUUAUAACCAGAGAGCAUGAGUGACAUCUUACAUUCAUUGUGCAUGCAGAUUAAUAGAACACACACAAUAGAAUACACAGUUGUUACUUAGUAAAACAUUUUUUGUUGAGGUUUGGCAUAGCUGCCUGGAAAAGUGAGUUCAAACAUGAAAUAGAAGUAUUAAUAUUGGGUCUUGGUCAUGAAAAUGUGAAAUGUUAGCAGAUCUAAUAUCCAAAAGUAGAUGGAUAAGAAAAAGUUAUCAGACAGUGGGCCCUGAGCCAUCGGGAACAUGCAACAGGACAAUAGCAAGUUUGUUCAAUAAAACUCACUGCAAAUACCAAUGUGUUAAAUGAAAUGUUUUAGAGUUUUUGUCUUUUAGGAGUUUCAAGCGAGUUAAUGAAGAUUCGCCAGGUGUGAAAAAAUAUUUUGGCUACUAUAUCCUUAUUGGUACAGGUUUGCAACCAAUCCAUAUGAAAGGCAAAAGAUAAUUUUGAGCAAAGAUGGCAGGGGAAGGUGGGCGGUGGGGUGGGGUAGACUGAAUCCAAUUUUAUAAAAUGGAUUUCCUGACUGCUGCUGCUGCCAUAUUAAGCAUUAAUUUAAAGUUCUGAGAUAUGGCAAGGUGGGCAAAAAUUCCAGUAUCGCUGAUUCAGGAGACACAGGGAAAAUAUAUUCAGAGAGUGAGUAGCAUAAUUUUGAAUAACCCUAAAUUAUUUAAACUUCUAUUUUUAAUAUGGUCAUCAACUGAAAUUUUAGCAAAGGAACAUUAUAAAAAUCCAAACUAUUUCCUUGAUAGCCAGCCACCAUUAAAAAUUUAAAUAAAUUAAAAGAAACAAACCUAUGAGGGUCAAUAUGACUCCAAUAUCAGAUAAGGGAGUUUUAACACUUCCUUCCCUUUAGCCCCCACCAUCCAUACUCAGUGGUGUAUUUUGGAUUUGUGCUGCCCUAGGCACGACUAAAUUCGGGCACCCUCAAAAUCUAAAUUUGACCCCCCAAUUCGUGUCAAGGCCACUUUUUUGACUGACAGACAUGCCCUCAUUGAUACAUGCACUGAUAUACACUCACUUACAGAUACACAGUCAUUGGCACAUACAUACAGUCAUAAGCACACAUUUAACCAACACACACUUUCACUGACAGACACAUACUGACACACCCACUCACUGACAGGCACACACUCUCAGAUACACAUAAAAUGACAUAGACACACUCAUAGGCACACCCAUUCUCACUGAAAGACACACACACUUUCACUCACUCACAGACACACACUGACAGCUACACUCACUCACUCACUCACAGUAACGUGGACAGCCCCAGAACACAAGGCAAGCAAGGCAUUUGUCUGGGAGCUUGGGGUGGCAUUUUUUGGCAUCCCCCUGAAAGUGCUGCCCUAGGCAAAUGCCUUGUUUGCCUUGUGGCAAAUACAUCCCUGUCCAUACUGCAGGUGGGGGCACAUCUACUACACAGUGUGAAGUCAGUGGCUGGUCACUGUAACUAAAAACUAGUGACUGGGCAGCCCAUGGGUCCUGUAAACUGUUACUAGUCUUGUCAUGCCCUCACCUGUAGACAUCAGGUGGGGGUUUAAAAUUCAAUAAUAUCUACCCCCUGUGACUGCCUUUUGUCAGCAUGUAGGGGCUCUAUGAAAAAAAAACAUGGGGGAAGUCCACAUAGCUGUAACCGCAGCUGGUUCCCUUAUUUACCACUAUAACGUCUUAAAGCAUACUUAGUAGGGCUAACCUAAAUAAUUGAGAAUACAAUAUAAAAUAAGGAUUGUCUUGGAAGCAAUAAAGUUUUGUCUUUUUAGAUAUUUUAUUAAAUGGGGGAUCUGGGGGGGAGAGAGACACACAGAGGGCCUAGGUGAGGGAGAAAGAGAAAAACAAAAGGGGUUGGGAGAAAAAGACAUACAAAAGGGGCUCUGGGGAAGAAAGUGUAACACAAGAGGAUGGGGGGUGAUAUACAAAAGGAUCUGUGGGGGGAGACCCACAGAAGGACUGGAUAGGAGGUGAAAUAGACAAACAGAGGGCCUAAGGGGAAAGAGACACACAGUAGGGCUGUGGGAGAGAAAUAUACAGAAGGGCUGGGGAAGUGGAGAAAGAGACAGACAAAAGGGUCCAGGGGUAAUGGGGAUAAGAUACACUAAAGGGGGUGUAAGACACAAAAGUGGGUAUAAGAAACACAAAAGAGAGGUUAAGAGAUACACUGGUGAAGAAGUAUUUUUGGGGGGGUCCGUUUGGUGGCAAAAUGCAACUUCACCAGUGGAGCCAAAAAUCCUUGCACCAGUGCUGAUGAUGUCACAAUUUGUGACACCAGCAGCCUUCAUCUGUCACACCCAUUUGUCCAUAUAUCAUCUGUGGAGUGCAUGUAGAGCCAUCUUCAAAUAAAUAAUUGUACUUGGGAUGUUAAAAAAGGCAAUUAAUUUAUUCUUGCCCCAGGCCAAAAUUUCCUGGUCCUUCAUUGAGAACCACAGUCUACAUCAAUCUUAAAAUAAAGGAUCUGGCACACUGUUUUUGAAACCUAACCUCAGGGUCGCUAAAAGACCAGGGUUUUGGAAUGUAUACUGUUGCACACUGUGUCAAUGAAAAUUAUGGAAAUGAAUAGGAGAUUAACUCGAGACAGGUAUAUAUAGUACUGCUAAGCCUCAAUCAUGUUAAAGUAGAAUAGACACCCAAUAAGAUCAUUAGGGAAUAAUAUGCAUUGAACUAACAUUUUUAUUUAAAGAAUAUCAACUAGCGAUGUCCCUAACGGUUCGCCGAACAGUUCUCGAACGGUUCGCCACAGACUCCAGUCAGCAGACACAUUCCAGCCAAUCAGCAGCAGAACCUCCCUCCCAGACCCUCCCACCUCCUGGACAGCAUCUAUUUUGAAGCUGCAUUCUUAGUGAGUUGUCCAGGAGGUGGGAGGGUCUGGGAGGGAGGGUCUGCUGCUGUUUGGCUGGAAUGUGUCUGCUGACUGGAGUCCGCAGCGAACCGUUCGUGGCGAACCGUGGCGAACCGUUCGGGACAUCACUAAUAAAAUCUUUUCAGAUAUUUUUAAUAAUAUAUUUGUGUGCUUGUAAUGUGAACACAAUUGUCCAUUAAUGUUCUGCCUCUGAAUUAACAGGGUUACUAACUGAAGUAAGAAUUCAAAGUAAAUUCAAAGUGAAUUUCAAAUUCAAGGCAAAAAUAGCCUAUGCGGAAAUAUUCUCUAAAUCCGCUGUGCUUUCAGUUCGUCUACUUUGGUUUUAAAUUUGAAAAUCACUUUGAAAUCUCAGGAAAUAACCCUGUACGCAUUAUUUUUGCCUACCAGUAUGGUUUCCGGGGCCACCCUGUAUUCUAGGACAUGUAAAUAAUUUUUUUUAGAAAAAUUAUUUAAUUAUGUAAUUUUUAAGGAAUUGAGGGAUUAACCAAAAUUCCUGCAGCUUCUGAAUUCUACAUUUUACAGUGCAGAAAAGGUAUGGAGGAUCUAACAAUCUUACAUCGAAAUCUCAGACCUAACAGUAUCCCUGCUUGUAGACCCUUCCCUGUAUUGUGUGACUACAGCCUAGAAUUGUUAUAGACUAAACAAAAUGUAAGAGCAGCCCGAUUAAGCUAAUUCCUCUAUAUCAAGAUGUGCCCAGUUUGUCACGGGGAUUUAAGUGGUUAAAUUAUUCAAAUAAGGUGUUGAUCAUAAGGCUAUAUGCAGUUGCAAAAAUUUCCUAAUUAGUAAGUGGAAGUACACAUUAAGAUAUAUUAACCCACUUUGUUUUAUUUACACAGGUGAUUUUGCUCUUUUAGACCCUGUGGGGAAGUGCUCUGGGUCGGCACAGGUCAGUUUGGAAUGGAAGUUUCCUUAUAAGGCACCAGGCCACCAGGUCUGGGAAUCAGUCACUAGUUGCCAUCCACUUCCAGAGAGGCUGGAAAGAUCACAUUCACAGGUAAGUUAGUUGCAAAGACAGAUAUUUGGGGAGUUAUACAGAUAUCUCACAGUAUCACUCAGCAGCAAUAUGUGAUGAUGGGACUGUCACUACUGAAGAUAAGAAUAAAAAAGAUACUGGAGUCUAUGUCAACUGUCUCAGCAAAAAUAACUUUUCUAGAAAUAUAAUGAAUCUGAUCUUAAUCUAAUCAUAAUGAUAGACAAACAGUGGCACUUUUAAUUUUGUUUGUUUUUUAAUACAUUGAGUAAUCAGCAGAUCUACAGUGGAGGUUCAAAUGCAUGUAUGAAUUUUGGACCAUUCCUCCCUAUAAAUCUGUUUUCAGUUCAUCAAUAUUUCUGGAUUGUUUUCCUCCAUUCCUCUCAACAAAUUUGUUUAAUUUCAUCAAUAUUUCUAGAUUGUCUUGAUUGCACAAUGCUCUUCAGGUCAUUCCACAGCAUCAGAAUUGGAUUAAGUUUAUGACACUUACUAGGCCAUCCCCAAACAUAAAACAUCCUUUUCAGCCAUGUCUUAGUUGAUUUACUUGUACUUAAUGGGUCAUUGUUUUGUUGCAUUGCCCGAUUUCUCUUGAGCUUUAGGUCAAGGACUGCACUGACAUUCUCCUGUAAUGUCUGCAUAUACUUUUGGAUUCGUUGUUCCCAUAAUGAUUGCAAGGUGUCCAGGCCAUGAGGUAGGAAAGAAGCCCCAAACCAUGAUACUAUUCCAGCAUGCUUCACAGCUGGGAUGAGGUUUCAUGUUGGUGUUUGGUGCAAUUUUCCUCCACAUGUAACACUGUGUAUUUUUGCCAAAAAGACAACUUUUGUCUCAUCUAUCCACAGCACAUUUUCCUAGAGGCGUAGUGGAACUUUCAGAUGUUCUUGGGCAAAUUUGAGACAUUUUUUUUUUUUUUACAUUAGUGGUUUCAUGGUGAUCUUCCGUGAGCAUCAUUCUUGUUUAUUGGUUUAAUGACAGUGAACACAAAGCCUUGCACAGUUUAUAGAGUUUUCUGGAGGUCUUUGUUGCUACCCUUGGGUUCCUUCUCACCUAUUUUAGGGUUGCUCCUUGUGUUUAUGGAAUGACCAUUUCAGGAUGCUCACCCCUAUGGAGAACAGCAACAGUCCUGAAAUUUCCCCCUUUGUAGACAAUUUGUCUCACUGUGAAUUGAUGAAAACCAAGGUCUUUAGCAAUGUUUUUAUAAGUUUUUCCAGCCUCUCAAUAAUGCAUUUUCCUGUGAAAGUUGUUGGGGUCUAGCAAUAAAACAUGAAACAAUCUUUCUGGAGAAGAACAUAUUUGUGGGUAACCAGGGUUUGUGUGAAAUUAUUUAAAGAAAAACUACAGGGUCAGGAACACAAACAUGUAUCCCUGACCCUGGAGUGUUAAAUUCACCAUCUAGCCCUCCUUGCCCCACCCCCACUCUUCCCUGUGUCCCUAAAUAUAGCAAAAUCCUACUUUUAGUCAAGUCUGCUGCUACUGGCUCUGCUCCUGAUCUGCCUGCUUGACUGACCUCAUCAGAAUUAAUUCUCUGAGCCAAUCACAUAGGAUUUACUGAGACUGUCAAGAAGGCAGAGGCAGCCAGGGCCGGCCCGUCUCCAGGCAGCACUUUUACACUGUAAAGUGCCUGCUGUGGAACCUGGGUCUUCUAUAUAUAUAUAUAUAUAUAUAUAUAUAUAUAUGUGAAAUUCUGGGCCUCUGUUACCUUGUCCUGUGAAGAGCGGGCCCAGAAUUCUUAUGUUUCCUUCUUGCAGCUUCAAAUGUGCUCUUCUUAUAAACCGUGAGAGUGUAGCCGCAGGUUGCCAUGACAACGCUAUUCCGUGCGGAGCGUUGCCAUGGCAACCAGUGGCAACACUCAAGCAGCUCGCAAGAGGAGAAGACCUGAAGCUGCAGGAGGGAAAGAGCAUACUUCUGGGAUCCCUCUCCACAGGACACAGCAAAAUGUGCCACUGGACCAUCAUGGAACUAGUGUCCCCCUCCCUGACCAAAGGUAAGAGGCAGGGAGGGGAAAAUACAAUUUAUAUACAAUACAUUUUACAAAUACAUUACAUUUAAAAAAACUGUUCGCCCUUCACAGCCCCACUACAAACACUACAAGCACUACACACACUAAAAGCACUACACACAGUCAGACACUGUAUCCACUACACACACUACAAGCACUACACAUAGACACUUCAUCCACUACACCUACUACAUGCACUACACCGAGACAAUGCAUCCACUACAUGUGCUAUAUACAGACACUGAAUCCACUACACGCACUACACACAGAUACUGCACCCACUACACAAACACAGACACUGUACACACUACACAACAUCCACUACAAAGACAUUCCACCCACUACACUGCAUCCACAUAUACACUGCAUCCACUACACACACACUCUGUGGGAGGAAUGGACCUUGAUAGCACUAGGAGGCAAGCAUAGGAGGCUAGUAGGCUUUGGCUAGGGGUUUAAUAGGGGAUUCGCUUAAGGGGGUGCAUAUUCUGUCCAUUUUAGGUAGUGGCCAUAUUAACUAACCUACCCUUACCUGUAGUUGUGCUCCUGACUCAUCGCGUGCGGCUCAGGGAAGGUGCCUGGAAGAGGGACAAAGUUUGCCGCUGGAUGUUCCGGACUCUCUGGGAGUCGACAGAAGGAAUGACCGAUAAGGCGGUAAGUCACCCUCUAAACCACAAACAAAGGAUUUCAUGGAUAGCUGGACACAAUUUGGGAGAAUUUGGGAUCAUCCAGGGGGCGGGUGCACCUAAGGAGAUGGGGGCGCUAUGUCAGCAGAUUUGAGCAGAAAAGAUGAUGCGCAGUUCCUGCUGCAAUAUCGGGGGAAGCGGAUGAACAGGGCGAACUGGCGGGGCUUAUACCUGAUGCAACAUGGCAGAACGUGCAUGUAUCAUUCGCCGGACCAUUAGGGUGUCAUCUUAAACAGGACAUGAAAGAAAGGAUUUGGCAGGGGGAAUUUCUAGAGAUAUUUUCCCUUCUCCUGCUGGAGGAGUAUCUUGACUUCAAGGAUGAGGACCUUAAGGAUGUCAAGAAGGAGGAGGAAGAGAAAAGGUGGAGGUAUUGGAAGAUACCAAAGUCUUUCGGUAAUUGGCUGCGGUCCUUUUGUAUAUUAGCCAGUGUACUAGGGGAAAAAUUCCAGGAGCGUUGUUCCCAGUUCUUUUGUUACUUAAAUGGGAUCUGGGAGGCCUAUCAUACGUAUUGGGGCUUAGCAUGGUGGAAGUACGACAAGCAAUUUCGGCAGCAUUCGUUGGCAAAUCCGGGAAUGCGGUGGGACCAGAUAGGCCUGCCUUUAUGGCUUAAAUUGAUGAUGGCACAAAAGGCAAAUCCCCCUUUUCAGGAAGGGCCGGCCGCUCAGAAAAAAAGAUUCUGUUGACUAUUCGAUGAGGGACAUUGCAAGUGGGGAGCUAUUUGUAAAUUUAAACACAAGUGCUCCAGCUGUGGGGGUGGGCAUGGAUAUCAUAAGUGUUUUUAAACAAGGUAAGGCUGCAGCAGGGGGAGAAGGGGGAACUAUCACUGUCCAAUCCACUUCCACGGGGACCAACGCCGGUGAAGGUCGGCGCAAUGUUGCCUUGGCUAAGCCACUAUGCUAACCAAAAUGAUGCACGCUUGUUGCGGGAAGGUUUUUUGGAGGACUUUUUUAUUCCAUUCAAGGAAAGGGUUGUCAUUCGUAGUUUUCACAACCUGAAGUCGGUUUUAGACAAAUUAUUUAAGGAGGUUGAGCUUGGAAGGAUAGCGGGGCCGUUUGUGGAUCCUCCGUUCUGGGACUUACGGAUUUCGCCAUUGGGGGUUAUUCCUAAGAAGGAUGUGGGUAAAUUUAGACUAAUCCACCAUUUGUUAUACCCUAAGGGGUCAUCUGUUAAUGAUGAUAUCGACUCGGAGCUCUGUUCUGUUUCCUAUGCAUUAUUCGACCAUGCAGUUGAAUUGGUGAGAAAAGCAGGCCUGGGGGGGCUGCGUGUCAGGAUUACUGUUUGAUCCAGCACGUAGAACUGUACAGCACGGAUGACAAAUAAGUAACGUAUUACCGGUCCUUAGAAUGGCCGGAUUUAACGUACAAAGAAUAGUCAAAAAUACUAGCCGAGGUCAGGGAACACAGAAAGGGACACAGCGAUGAGGAAAGCCAGGAGUCAGGAUACCAGAAUAUAGAGAAGUCAAUAAACAAAGCCAAAGUCAAAAACAGGUAGAAAACUAUAAACAGGAACGCGCUCUCAGACAACCACAAGGGAAACCACGACAGGGCACUGAGCAGGCUGAGAACUGGGCCUAAAUACCCCUCCUUUAGUUCUGAUAGGCUGUAACCGGCCUUUGACCCCAAAGUCAGUUACCAGGUUUCAUUUGCAUAAUUGCUGCUCAGCAUUAACCCUUCUGUGGAUUAGGUUGCUGCUCGGCACAACUUUUCCUGUGUGGACAGUAAAUGUCAUUAACCACUUUUCUAUAAGCGGAUGAAUACAUGACACCAGGUUUCAUUUGCACAAUUACUGCUCAGCAUUAACCCUUCUGUGGAUUAGGUUGCUGCUCGGCACAACUUUUCCUGUGUGGACAGUAAAUAUUAACCACAUUUCUAUAAGCGGAUGAAUAUGUGACACUGCGGUGUGUGUGUGUGUGGUGGGGGCUGAGAGUGUGUGUAUGGGGGGGGGGGGGAUCUGGCUCCUUAAUGGCUAAAGCGGACAUUGAAACGUUUUUUCAGUUGUUGCCAGUCCAGCCGGACUGUCAUCAUCUCCUAGGCUGUUUUUUCAACAAUGCUUACUAUGUGGAUCUCUGUUUACCCAUGGGGUGCUCAAUAUCAUGCGCAUACUUUGAGAAAUUCAGUACCUUCCUGGAAUGGGUGGUUAGAGAGGAAACGGGCGGUGGGUCCUUGGUUCACUAUCUAGAUGACUUGUUGUGCGGCUGACCCGCCAAUUCAGGGGCGUGCAGUUAUGCUUUACGCUCCUUGGAUUGAGUAACUCGCUUGUUUGGGGUUCCAUUAGUGCGUGAUGGAAGACGGUGGGCCCAACAACGUUGUUUGGGCCUGGAAAUUAAUUUGGUUGCAGGGGAGUGUCAUUUACCAUCAGACAAGCUGGUGGCUCUUCUGAUGAAGGUGAGGUUGGUUCAGAGUGUGCAUAAGGUGAAGCUGCGUGAAGUGCAAUCUCUGCUGGGAAGCCUUAACUUCACCUGCUGCGUUAUCCCAAUGGGCAGGGUUUUCAACAAGUUUUUGGCAAAGGCCACGUGUGGGUUACGAUCCCCUCACCAUUAUGUUCGGGUUUCUAAUUCCAUGAAGGAGGAUUUGAGGGUGUGGGAUAUGUUUCUCCAAAAAUUUAAUGGGAGGGUCUUCUUUCGGGGCCCAGCAACGUCCUCGAAGUACCUCGAGUUGUUCACGAAUGCAACAGGCAGUGUUGGCUUUGGCGCAUUCUUUGCAGGACGGUGGUGCGCGGCACCGUGACCGGUAGGUUGGAUGACGAAUUCGGUGAUGGGGCCUUUGGCCUUUCUCAAAUUGUUCCCAUUAGUGGUUGCCUUAUCACUAUAGGUCAAGGAGUUGUGGAACAAAUGGGUGGUUGUUUUCUUCACAGAUAAUAUGGCGGUAGUUCAUGUCGUUAAUAGGCUGUCGGCACGUUCGGUUCCCGUAGUGCAUUUGCUCAGGCAAUUUGUGCUGUUAUGCAUGUCUUUGAAUAUUGUUUUCAGGACAUGUCAUGUGCUGGGUUUUUUUUAACGUAGUGCCUGAUGCGUUGUCUCGCUCACAGUAGGAAUGAUAGCAGCUCAGGAUGCGCGGGCGGACGCGCAGGACUGUCUGGAGGAGAUGUGGCAGUUCGGGACGUCCUGUCUGGAGGGCUUAUAAAGAAGUCUUUGGUCCCAGGAACGUGGGCAGCUUACGUCAAAGUAUUGAGAGCAUGGGAUGAGGUCGUGGGGCAUACUGGUGGGCAGAAAUCCAGGGAGGGAUGGUUGGAUUUGUUGCUGUGGUUUUUAUGCCAUUUUUUCGCUGGGUGGUUGACAGGACCACGGAAGCACUGGCGUUCGUUUUCAAGCUGAAUGGAUGGGAAGACCUGACAAAACAUUUCGUCGUUAGGCAGGCGAUCAAGGGUUUCGGUAGGACAAGUCUUUGGGGGAUAGUAGACGCCUGGUAUCCUUUGAGGUCUUGGAGGGUUUGGUGGGGGCAUUACCUACUGUUUGUUGUUCUGAUUUCGAAGUGACUCUGUUCACCAUGGCUUUGCGUGGGCAUUUUUGGGAGGUUUAGAGUAGGAGAACUGGUGAGUAGAAACCGGAUGGGAGAUGGUGGAGUCCAGCUGGCGGAUGUCGAGCUGUCUCGGGAUAGGCUACAGAUACGUUUACGUAGGUCCAAAAUGGACGUGUACGGCAAGGGGUGUUGGAUCACAUUGUUUCCAUUGCCAAGUUCGGCUCUAUGUUCUGUUUACUGCGCAAAUGCGUUUCUGCGGGUCCAUUCAGGAGUAGCGGGCUCUUUCUUGGUGCAUGAAGAUGGGUCUUCUCUGUCGCACUUCCAAUUCCUUCAGGUUUUUAGAUUGAUUUUACGUCAGGUGGGGUUGAACCCCUUGGUGUUUGGGACACAUUCCUUCAGAAUCGGGGCAGCGACAGAGGCGUCUCACCUGGGGCUUGGGAAUGACUUGGUUAAGCAGGCGAUGGGAAUUGAAACGAUUUCGUUCUUACAUGCGUCCUCAUCGACUGGUUUAAAGGGUUUGGGGAUGAUUAUGAGUGGUUUUGUUUUGCAUUUGUGACAUCCUUGUUCUUUUUAUAGGUUGGGUUGCAUGUCGCAGUUAGGAAUCAUGGAAUGCAGCUGGGUUUCUCUCAGACCAUGGUUUCCCUGUGUUGGAUGGGUUUUCGGGUGGUGAUUGGUUAAGCGUGAGCAAGGAAAUUUUUAAGCGACUGAGUGUGAGUCCACCCCCCAGACAUCAUACUAAUACAUGCUGGGGGGACUUAGGGCUUAUUCCCCAGAGAGAGUUAGUGAGGCUAAAGAAGAGGGAUGUGGACUGGAUACGGGAAUUACUUCUUGAAGUACUCGUAGUGUGGUCAGAGAUGAUUCCUCGGCUACAUUGGAGACAUGCUAGGGAUUAUACCGACGUGGCUCGGUGUCGUGGAAGGUCAAUAAGACUAUGUCGGUUUUCAUACGAAGGACGGGUGGGGUCGUGGUGAGGCAUCGGGAUCUGGAAGGAAGGCUGCCUGGGUAUUAUCGGGCAGAUGGAGCACACCCCCCGAGGUGGGGAAUGAUUUUCUUAACCUUGGGUUUCAGGAAGGUAUUAAUAAAGCUUUAAUUUUUCUGGGUGGGGGCGCUCAGGUGGCUUGAGGUGGUCAAGACCUGAGCUGUGGUGGGGUUAUUAUUUUAAUAACACGCAGGGUCAGGUUGAGUGGAAAAUACUCACGGUGAUUACAGUGGUUUAGUAGGUUUGCGCUUGUUGGCGGCUCCGAACCUGGGGGUGUAGGGGUGUCACGGUAUUACCCUACGGUUUGUUGUAUAUUGGUUAGCAUGCCACUUGGUUGGGGUGUUAUGUGAAUAUUAUUCUUGUUUUGUUAUGGUUUAUAUUCAUGUUUGAGGGUCAUUGCCAGGGUUAAUGACUUUUGAUGGGAGAGGGGUAUUUUAGUAUGUAUUAGGAGUUGGCAAUGACCUUAAUUACUCGAUAUGUUAAUAAAGCAGUGGACAAUAAUUUUCCAAUGCUUAAAUGGUAGUCUGUGUUUUAUUGGGAAUGGGUAUUGAGGUUAAGCCGUAUACGCCAUAAUAAGGCGACUAUGCGCAUAUCAUGUAGCCCAUGGAGCGACACAGUGGGAGGAAUGGGCCCUGAUAGAGCUAGGAGGCAGGCAUAGGAGGUUAGUACUAUGUGCCUAGGGGAAUAGUGUGGGGGGGGGGCUUAAGAGGGGUAUAUAUUCUAUCCAUUUUAGGUAGAGGCCAUUUUAACCAACCUACCCUUACCUGUAGUUGUCCCUCCAUCACUCUCUUUUUGGUUCUGUUGAUAUUUUCUUGCUUAGUCACAGCGGCAGGGUUAGGGGGUGGCAGGGUAAAGUGAGUUAAUAACGUGCAAGGUCAGGUUGAGUGGAAAAUACUCAUGGGGAUUACAGUGGUUUGGUGGGUUUGAGCUCGCCGGUGGCUCCGAACCUGGGGGUGUAGGGGUGUCACGGUAUUUCCUUACGGUUUGUUGUGUAUUAGUAAGCCUGCCACUUGGUUGGUGUGUUGUGGUAUGUGAAUGUCAUUCUUGUUAUGGUAUGGUUUAUAUUCCUGUUUGACAGUCAUUGCCAGGGUUAAUUACUUUUGGUGGGAGAGGGGUAUUUUAGUAUGUGUUAGGUGUUGGCAAUCACCUUAUUUUACACAAUAUGUUAAAGCUGUGGACAAUAAUUUUUCAACGUUAAAAUGGUAGUCUGUGUUUUAUUGGGAAUGGGUAUUAAGGUCAAGCUGGAUGUACCAUUAAAGGCAACUAUGCGCAUAUCAUGUAGCGGUAAGUGUGCUGUGAGAGGUGCCGCAGCCACCAGACAGUGUUUAAGCACCUGCUGCUUCCUUGCUACAUUGUGAGGUAAAGUGUAGCUUCAUACAAUGAUGGUAUCACUAUGCUGAUACACUGUCUGAUAGCUCCUGUCAGUCUUUCAUUUUUCUGUACACUCACUGCUCUCCCCUGCCAGCGCACUCUGAUUACCUUCUCUUUUGGGAAGGUGAAUGGCAUCUGUAAUUUCAUCUCUCCAUCAGCCGUCCUCCUAUUGCCUUCCUCUUUAGGAGGGAGGAUGGCUGUUCUGUGCUCAACACAUCCAACAGUGUCUCACACUGUGAAUUAAUUGAGCGUAUUGGAGGAUGUGAUGUUACUUUUUUCUACCCAGCACUGUGAAUGAUUACUCCAUGUCUUCAACAACAACAAAAUUUAAACGUACAGCUGUUUGUAUUUUAUUGUUAUUAUUUUAGUUAGAUUUUGUCUUUAAUUGUAGCAAGAGAUCAGAGAAUAUUAUAUAGAUAAUCAAUGCAGAAAUCCAGGUACACAAACCUUUUGUUGUGACUGUAGUAAUUGAGAUUUCUUAAAUUUUACACAAAUAUAAUAAAAAUUAAUUUUUCAAAACAGGUUUCAGACUUUUUUUAUAUAUUUGUGAUAUUUGUGUGUCUGUAUUUUCAUACCUCUUGUCAGGGCACACAACAGAGGUUAAUUAUAUAUACACAUCAUUGAUUAACAUAUAAAUGAGCAAUCUUUGUGACAAAGGCAUAAAAUAAAGUGAGCUUAAGGACAAAAGAUUUUAAGAACUGAAGGACUCACAAAAAAAGCCCCAUUUGGGAGGAACUUAGUGGCCCUUGGCACCUUCCACCAUCCUCCUAGAGGUUUAGUAGGAAGGAAUACUGUUACUCCAGUGAUACAGAUCUCUUUUCUUCUACUUCCCUAUUGGUUUACGCUAACAAUGGCUGGAACCAUCAGCCGCUAAUACAUCUGACUCAUGCAAGAGGCAAGGGAAGGUAGGUCAAUGGGACCAGAAGUCAUAACCUCCUACCAAAACAGGUUUGAAAAUUGGUGGCAGAAAGGAGUAGAGAAAGUCCUUACAAUGUUCAAACCUGUGAUCUCCUACCAUUUAGUUGUACUUUUGGUUGUGCAUCCCUAGUCUAGAGACAGAAUCUUAUACUCUUAUUAAGAAAAAGGAUAUUUUAUUUUUACAGAAACCGUCACAAUGCAAAGUGUUACUCAGAGAUACUUCAAAGGUUCAGUCAAGAAGAACAAGGCCUUCCAAAUCUCGUAGAGUAGAGGAGAACCUUCAGUGGGACACAAAUGCUAUAAAAAGGGGAAGAAGAGACUAUCAGCCUGUGACCUACCACAAACAAGAGCUAAUUCAGAGAUCAGACCCCUUAGUUGUAAAUCAAAAGGAUGAGAUGACCAUGGAAGUCGAGGUAAGUAAUUGACAUAUGAAGGAAAUGUAAGCAGAGCAAAAAUAUGUAUUUGUCAAGAGGAUAGAAAAAUAUGGGAAUAACAGUGUUCAUUCAAAGGAAAUGGAACUGGGAGAUGAAAUCCGGCUACAGGAACAGAAUGAGCAUAUAACAGAUCAAGAAUCUAAUCAAUCAGAGCAGGAUACAAGCUCUUUAUAUUCAAAUGUAGGAAAAGAAGAAACUGGACCAAUGGAUGAAAACCAUUUUCCAAAGGAAGCAGGUAACCUAACAUGUUAGGGCUGGUAGCAUUUAGAUUUUUUUUAAUCAUGAUCCAUUAACAAUGCAUUGUUUCUUAUCCAGGUGACCAGUCCAUAGAAGAUUCACAAUGUACUGACAAUGAUGACAUUAUCAUACUUAAUCCUCAAGUUCCACAAAAAACUGUGAGUGUGUCAAAUAUCUUGUAGUAACAUUUCCUUUGUAUCUACAUAUGCUUUAAAUAUCCUCAUCCUGAUGUUACACAUAAUGAGGAUAUGUGAACGCAAGUCUGAAUUGUCUGAGGAUUUGAGAUUUAUAAGCAAUCUCAACUGAGAAAGUAAAUCACACCAUACACACAUUUCUAAUCUAGUUUCUACCAGUUAUAAUUAAAACAAUCACAAAAAUUGAAAACACAAAUUAUUAAGUUAAUACUACAUUGAAAAAGAUGCUCAAAGUUUCUAAUUUUGAGAUAUGCAACUGUACAGAGAAACACAACAUUGAGAUGCCCUACACAUUCCUGUCCUCCCCACAGCCUGCUUCUGCCCUUCAUGAAAAAAAGAAAGACAUCACAACGUGCACAUACAAUUUAUAGUAUACAAUAAGUCUGUCCAUGGUUUUAAUAUGCACAGAUAUAAAUACUUCUUUAUAUGACCGGUAGGGUACAAAUAGUUUAUGCACACAUUGCUUACCUUGUGCCAGGGAGGGAGGAAUACAGAUCCCAGUGGGUGGGCAUCUGGUCUGCACCUCAAGCAGGUGUAGACCACUUGUAUUGUUCCAUCUGGUCCCAGCCUAAUUAAAGAAUCAGAACAUUUUUAUGGUAGCACGCAAUACACGAACUGCACCAGCUGUUGGUGCAGGUCACAAGCUUCCAGGGACCCAGCGCAGGGUGUGUUGGGGUGGUUUGGAAGAUUGUUGAUUUCCCCAGUAGUACUUGGCCCAUGAACAUCACAGAUAAUCAGGAAUUUGGCCAGCAUAUACUAUAGCCACUAAUUUUGUAUUGUCAAAAAUUCCUAUAAAAUGUAAAAAAAAAAAAAAAUUCUAAAUCAUUCUCUAGAAUUCUACUUUACAUAGAAAUUCUGAGAAUGAUUUUUAUAUUAUUUUUUACAUUUUAUAAGAAUUUUUUGAAAAAUAUUACUGGCCUUAGUACAUACUGGCCAAAUUACUUUUUUGCCAUGUUAAUGAUCUUUGGCGAGACUCCGUAGUAAUGCAUGACAGGAACCCAUUUCUUCUUUCAGCAAAUGUUUCUGGUUUUGUUCUGCUUUUCAUUGCCAGACUGUUUGUGAAUAUGUAGUGAGAAGUAGAUAUAAAUCAAAAGUGGAAUGGUGGGAUUUGUCUCUAUUUAGUCCGUCAUAAUGUUUUUGUGAUGGUAUGAAGAAUCAGCUUAAUUUCUUGACUAAUUUUCCUUAUUACUGGCUAGUCAUGGCAGCAUCACUUAUGGGUAAUACCUAAGCUUAAGAAAACAACAAGGGUGGAUCAAAUACAACCUUCACAACAGAGGUUGCAACACCAUAUUUGUGAUUUAUUUGAACUUGUGAACAGAAGACAAAACAACUCUUGAUGAGGAAGCCAGGUCCAAUUUGUAGUGCUUAAGGAACGUCAUUGGAGAAUAUUUUUCCCAGUCCGGCCCUGUCUCCAGGUAUUGAAUUAAAUAUUCCCGUAUAUCUAAUUCUUGGAGUUUUAUUUUAUCUUGAGAUUGAGGAUUAGCAAUAAACGAUGGUAACACUAUUUCUUGUCCCAUAAGGAAAUUAGAUACCACUUUCGGAAUAAAUUUCUGCAUAGGCUUAAGAACUACUUGGUCAUAGAAUAUUAAUGUAUAGAAACAUAGAAUGUGACAGCAGAACCCAUCUAGUCUGCCCAAUUUUCUAAAUACUUUCAUUAGUCCCUGGCCUUAUCUUAUAGUUAGGAUAUCUUGUGAUGAGAAAGCCUGACGUUCAGAAAUGCAUCUAGCAGUUGUGAUGACCACUAGAAAUGUUUUAUAGGUAAGAUGUUGUGUAGAAAUCUGCGAGAGAGGAGCAUAUGGUGUGUGGCAGAACCAACCUCGCCACUGGAGGAGCCUGGUUGCUCAUCUGCUCUCUUUAGACUAUGGCCCCAUGUUUAACACUAUUCUGAUUCCCUGCAGAAAGGCUGGUUCGUGCCUUUCUGCGGACUGUUAAAGUCACGAACACUGCUGAGCCGCCGACCUCCCUUCUUCUACCUGCAGUAAAUUAUCCAAACACCGGUUCAUUCGGUACUUUACUGCUUAAACCAUGCUACCCCAGAUAGCUAUGCCAUGGAGCCCAGCCGUUUACUGAAAGACUGUAUGAAAGACUUUGGCUCCAUGGCGAUUGAACUGUAUGUAUGUGAUCUGAGCGCCAUCAUGUAGUAGUGGGCGCUCAGAUCUAAGCUAUCUGGGGAUAGGUAGAAUGUGUAUGUUCUAUGUGAUAAAUGUAACAGUAUGUAUUUUUAUGUCUUUUAUUGCCCUUUGUCUGCCAUGUGGUUAAUGGAGUUUUGCCUCUGUCCUUGGAAAUAAUUGGAUUACUUCACAGUUAUCUCCAGGACAGAGAGGAGGGAUUGUGAUGCAUUGUGAGAUUGUAAGCUUGUGAUUGGUCAAUGUCCAAUAUGUUUCCCAGUCUUCCAUCUGGUCCCCUAGGGGAGUGUCCACCAGGUGGGAGACCUGUAUAAAAGCCGGGCAGGUAGCCCUAGUAAAUCAGUUCUACUUGAUCCUCAAAUGAAGUGUUGUCUCAUUCUUGGGGGGGAAUUGGAUUGUAUGCUGUUACAGUGCGACUGCCAGGAGUGUAAGUUGUUUGUAUGUUUUUUCCUGUUCGGCUGAUUAACAGCAUUCGUGUGUUUGGGAGUUGGUGAAUUUGUGUGUUUCCUGUUCGGGAGUUGGUGAAUUUGUGUGUUUCCUGUUCGGGAGAUUAGCGCUUGCAGCAGCUGUUCGUGUAUUGAAUGGGGAAUAUCGCCUAUACGGAUUGUAACCCCUUGUUAGCUGAAACGGUCCGUUACGUGGUGGUUCAGUUAAAAAUUGUAGAACUAACGGAAAAUCCCAAGGUGGAGAGGAAUUUUUUGACAGAGGAUUAAUUCUCAUUGCCGUUUUGAAAAAUCUUGCAAUAAGUGGAUGUGUUGCCAAGAGCAGAGAAGGCCGAUGACUGGACUAUAAGAGUGCUUAGACUAAGACCUUUAUAUAACCUGACUGUAAGAAAUCCAGAAUUUGAAUAUCGGAUGGAUUGAGAUGGUCAAAGUCUUUAGAAGAUGCCCAUUCUUUGAAUGUUUCCCAUACGCUAUAAUAGCAGGAUCAUGGAGAGGUUUUCCUUGACUUAAGAGUUUCAACCACUUUAUUCGAAAGGCCUUGUUAAUGUAAAACUUCCAUUAAACGCUUGAUAGGAAAUGAUAAGAUUCCCCCGUAGCACUUCAAAUAACUAGUUUAGAACCUACCCCAGUUAGUCCUAUUCACAAACAGGCUAUUUACUACUACUUUGUCUGGGAGCAUGGGCAUCCGCAGAGAGGGGCAAGGGGGGGGGAGCACUUGCUCCCCACCAUGGAUUUUUUCCAAUUGCCUUUUAAAAAGGGGGCCUGAGUCUCUUUGUCCUCAUUGGGCGUGCGUGGGGUGCAAUUUCCGGGUGACCAGAAGGAGGGGAGCGUACUUCACAGCAUGUAGCGUGACCGAACAGACUGACAACGGUAGGGGAGCUUCUAUUCCCUUACCUGGUCUGACAGGAAGUGCUCACAGAGAGCACAGAACUGCUUCCUGUCAGUCCGGGAAGGGGAACAGAAGCUCCCCUACCGCGGUCCACCUGCUGAGCAAGUGAGGCUGAGUGGGCACAGGGGAGGGGUGCUAAAGAAGAGAACAGGUGAGGAGGGAAGCUAAAGCAGGCAAAAGUAAGCACAGAAGGGGGGCUAAGGGGGGCACAGGAAGGGAUCAAAAGAAGGCACAUAAGUGGAGGUUUGCUAAAAGGGGCAAAAGAGGGCACAGGAAAAGGGCAAAAUAGGGCACAGAAGGUGAACGGGGAUAAAGAAGGGCACAGGAUGGGAGGGGGGACUAAACGGCACAGAAAGUCAAAGGGGGCUAAAGAGCACACAGGAAAAGGGCAAAAUAGGGCACAGAAGGUAAAAGGGGCUAAAGAGUGCACAGAAGGGGAAGAAGGCAUAGAAGGUGAAGGGGGGGGCUAAAAAGGGCACAGAAGAGGGGUACUCACUGCAGUUUAAAAUUCAAUAAAAUAUAAAUGUAAAAAAAUUAUGAAGGCCUGGAGAAUGGAAUCCAUUGCUAUAAAAUCUGUAAACCUUUAUAGGACCAAUAAUUUGCAGCAGAUUGUUUUUUUCCCUGAGACUUCUGUAGACAUUGUUCAAGAUAUGUUUGCGUUGUGUAGUAUGGGAGCAUUGCCAUUGAAAGCUGUGACAACACUGACACAAAAGAGAGAAGACCCUCCAGAGGUAGAAGCUUUAAGUACCCCCCCCUCAACAAAAGCCAACAAUUGACUGGGGACAAAUAGCUGUUUAUAUAUAUUAAUGAUACUGGGCUCCAUGCACCUGUUUCAGCUGUGUCCACCUGAUGGUAGCCCUUUCUACUGAAAGUCUCUGUUUCUACCAUUAUUACAGGCUUCUUCAAAGAUUCGGGUGGAGAUUGCCUCUCUUACCUUAGAUCCCUAUUCUGAUGUAGUAGCUGAUGAAACCGUGCAGAGAGUGUUUGUGGAGUUUCGUUUCCCAGGUGUACCCCUGGAGGAAACAGAGACCCCCCUGUCACUACACAAGCCCAGUAGGGGUGAAGAGGUAUACUUCCAUUUCAGCAAAGGUGUGUAACAUGUUUCUCGUAUACUGUGACUUUUAUUGAAUUUACACCAUUGAAUAAACCAUUGCAAAACACUUAUACCUUCUGUUAUCCUUUUCUCAAAAGGUGCUCUGUUUUCUUUUAACUUUAUAGUAAAGAUGUAGCAAAUGACAUAAGAGCCAGGGUUUACUUUGCAAAUGAAGAUGGAGAUAGAGGAUAUUAAUCAAGAUGUUCUGAAAAGGACAAAUGUCAUCAUUAUUUUGAUCUUAUUUAUUAACAUGUUCUAAAAGCGCUCUAAAACAUGAUUUUUUUUACAUUGUAAAUUCUGCCCCUUUUUGGAGAAAUAUCCACUUUAAACCACCAUUUUGAAAGUGUUAGAAAAAAAGGUGAAAUAGUAAACAUUUCUGUCUGAAAAAGUGGCAGGAAGAUUAUCGAUUUGUGCAUUGCUGGAAAAUGGUGUAUAAUCAAACAUGGCAGUUAAGCAAUAGAAGAACAAAUCUGGCAUAUCUCGCAAAUUGUACCAAAUAAACACCGGAAGAUAGAUUUAUACUAUUUCAAUGCUGACAGUCACAUGCCAAGGACAGAGUUGAUAACAGAUUGACAGGGAUCUAAGAUGGAAGAAUCCAGUUGCAGGAAAAAGAGGUGUGAAUUUGUACAUCUCUACACUUAAUUUUAUACUUUUUUUGUUACACAAAGAGAAGCUUAAACAUAUAUUUAACAUGUGGGGGUGACAACUAAUCUUUCUGGAGAGACUUAAAGAGUAGCUAUCUGAAUAGUUACAAUACAUAUUGCUUGUUUAAAGUAAAUUAAACUAAUGUAACAUUGUAAUUCACCUAUAAAGUAUAGGUAAGAUUUAAAAAUUGUCAUCACAAUCCAGUUUAGUCCUGACACAGUUAUUGGAGGAGGAUUGCUAUAAUCAUUGUUUCUGUUUGUUUUCCUCCAUUUACUAUUCUCAAGGACAGAGCUGAUGUAUGACUGACAGGGCCUCAAGAUGGAGGCACUCAGUGUUAGCUACAUAGUGUAGUGUAGAUUUUGGCAUAUAAUUUUAUUUUUCACACCCCGCACACGUUUGUUAAAUAUAGGAAAAAAGUAAUAAUGAUAUGAAAAAUGUUGUGAAGUGAUAAUUCCCCUUAGACACCAUCAAAAACUGUAAACUAUCCUGCAAAGUAUUUGGAGAGUAUAUAUAUCUCUCAAAUCACCCUCUUUUUCCAUGUUUUCACAUAUUUGGUACCUGAAAAUACAUGGUUUUUCCUCUUUAUAUCCCAAGGACUUGUUUUCAUAUUAUUUCUCUUUCCUCAGUGAUACACCUGGAUGGAGAGGAACACAUGGAACGGAGACAGUUCCUCUACAUGCUCCUAAGAGGGUCAGAUCUAUCAAGGCAGAAACACAGGUAUGCUGCGAUACGAAAAAAGCAAUUCACUUCUUAAAUUAUUUCUCAUUACUGCCCAUUUUACAAGGUAAUUAGCUCCACCAAAUUAGCCUGUAAAUUAAAAAAAAAUGCAAUAUUUAAAUACUAUUAAAAGUACAAUAAGAUGCAGCGCAGUAUACGCAGAGUAAAAACGAUAGCUAAAGUCUCUUGCAGCAAGUAUAAACCUUUAGCGUCGUGAAGAUCAAGAUAUAGAUCAUAUAUAAAAAUGAAAAUGUUUGUGGAGACAAUGCUAUGAAGUGAAAUAAAAAAUGUUUAAAACAUAAAAUACACUUGUUCAGAGGAUAGAAUGAAAAGGCCAAAAUAAGUAUGUAACUCACAUAAUAUAUUAUUCUACUGUUACCUAACAGAAUGCCUUCACGUUUUUCAUUAUAUAUAAUGUUAAAAAUUCAAUUAAAAAAAAGUAGCAAAAAAAUAAAUAAAACAAAUGAUAGUUAAACAGACAAUUUAGGGGACACAGAAUAUAUUUGAGGGACAAUCUAGGGAUGGCAAAUGCAAUAAAGAUAUGUUUAUGGCAGCCAGAGCAAAAUAGUCAUUUUAGACUGUGCUUCAAAGCCUAAGGAUUAGGGUAAAACUCAAUUUAUACAAAUGGAAUACACUAUAAUUCAAAUUUUUAAAAACAGUUAUUUUGAGGGUUGAAUGUUUAAUAUAGAUUUUUACAAUUGUGUUGAUGUAAGUGCACUUCUCUGAAUGCUGGCCUGUAGACUGCAAUUUACAGUAGUGAGUGACCCCAUUAAUGAAGAGGACGAGGAGUGCCGUGAUUUGGGAUAUGCCUUCUUAGACCUGCAGUACCUACUAAGAAGAUCUGUGGACCCUGUUGAAGAAACUUUACAAAGUGAGUGCAAAGACCUAUAGAGAAAACCUAAGCUUAGUUCUUUAUAUAACUAUUAAUAGUAAAGUGUUCUUGUCUGUUCCUCUAGUUGUCAAUGUUUUGGAUCAAAGCCAAGUCAUUGGAGCACUUCGGGUAGCAGUAGAAGCCAGAGAUGCUGUUCGAGCAGUGUACAGAGAGCAGAGAGUAAAGGCCAACAUGUCCUCCUCCUCGCUGCUCAUCAAAACCUGAUUCUUUUAUCUAGUUACAUCGAAGCAAAAAUGAUACAAAAUGUCAUUACCCAAGAUAAUGAUCCUGAUACACAUCUCUCAACCAAUAAUCAUAUUCUGGAAUAGGUACAAACAGAACAGACCUAGACCGACAGACUCUCUACCACUUUAGUGGUGCUACCUUCUGGAUCAAGACUGACAGCGUUAUUCCCUAAAGUAAAUUUAAGGACUGCGUACUGAGUGAGCCAAAUGUUAUAGUUCAGCUAUUUUGGCCUUAGAUUUGAAAUUUCC